AUGAAAGUUGACUGCCCAACCACACCUGUCAUAUACGCUCUCCCCAAAAUUCACAAGAGCAUGACACCACCUCUACCAGGCAGGCCCAUUGUGAGUAGCAACGGAUCUCUGACAGGGAAUAUCUGUACCUUUGUAGACUUUUUUAUUAAACCCUGGGCGAUCUCCCUCCCCACAUAUACCAGAGACUCUAUUGAUUUUAUAAAAAAAUUUAAAUCUGUGGACCAUAUACCUGAGAAUUCUAUUCUGUGUACUUUUCAUGUUACCAGUCUAUAUACUAACAUCCCCCAUCAGGGUUGCCUAGAGAACCUCAAGUUCUACCUCAAUGAAUGUCCCCCUAAUACUUUCCCCAGCACCAAUUGUAUUGUGACCUGGCUGAACUGGUAUUAACCUCCAACUAUUUUCUCUUCAGAGGAUACUUUUUCCUCCAGACCAAAGGGACAGCGAUGGGGAGCACUCCGGCUCCUAAUUAUGCAAACCUAUAUCUAGGAAUGUUUGAAAAACAGGUGGUGCUGAAUCCAGACCUUAACCCUUUUCUCUCCAAUAUUCUCCUAAUUCUGAGAUAUUUGGAUGACAUUUUCGUGAUCUAUACAGGGACCCAGGAAGAACUUUUGAAAUUCCAUGCUUAUCUAAACUCUAUGAAUGAACACCUUCAUUUCACCAUUAACUAUGACCUAUCACAAAUCAGUUUUCUUGAUGUGAUGGUUAUUAAGGACAAAACCUCCCUCUUUACAGAUCUCUAUAGGAACCCUACGGACAGGAAUACCCUCCUUAGAGGUGACCGCUUUUAUCCACAUCCACUUAUGAAAAGUCUCCCUAUAAGUCAAUUCAGUCGCAUCAAAAGAAUAUGCAGCUCUGAUGCUUCUUAUCAGAAACAGACCACGGACCUCACACAGAGGUUUAAGGAAAGGGGGUACAAAGACAAUUGGGUAAAACAAUGAUAGUUUUGAAGGACUAACAUAGCUGGAAAGCCUUCAACCAAAAGUUAAAGAAAAAGCAGAACAUGUCCCUUCAUGCUUUACCCAAUACUCACCAUUGGGGAAGGCAUUUAAGGACAUUAUCAGGAAGCACUGGUACAUUAUUGAUACUGACCCAUAAUUGAAACCCAUUUUUAAAUAUCCCCCAAGUACAGUGGGGAAAAAAAGUAUUUAGUCAGCCACCAAUUGUGCAAGUUCUCCCACUUAAAAAGAUGAGAGAGGCCUGUAAAGUUCAUCAUAGGUACACGUCAACUAUGACAGACAAAAUGAGGAAAAGAAAUCCAGAAAAUCACAUUGUAGGAUUUUUUAUGAAUUUAUUUGCAAAUUAUGGUGGAAAAUCAGUAUUUGGUCAAUAACAAAAGUUUCUCAAUACUUUGUUAUAUACCCUUUGUUGGCAAUGACACAGGUCAAACGUUUUCUGUAAGUCUUCACAAGGUUUUCACACACUGUUGCUGGUAUUUUGGCCCAUUCCUCCAUGCAGAUCUCCUCUAGAGCAGUGAUGUUUUGGGGCUGUCGCUGGGCAACACGGACUUUCAACUCCCUCCAAAGAUUUUCUAUGGGGUUGAGAUCUGGAGACUGGCUAGGCCACUCCAGGACCUUGAAAUGCUUCUUACGAAGCCACUCCUUCGUUGCCCGGGCGGUGUGUUUGGGAUCAUUGUCAUGCUGAAAGACCCAGCCACGUUUCAUCUUCAAUGCCCUUGCUGAUGGAAGGAGGUUUUCACUCAAAAUCUCACGAUACAUGGCCCCAUUCAUUCUUUCCUUUACACGGAUCAGUCGUCCUGGUCCCUUUACAGAAAAACAGCCCCAAAGCAUGAUGUUUCCACCCCCAUGCUUCACAGUAGGUAUGGUGUUCUUUGGAUGCAACUCAGCAUUCUUUGUUCUCCAAACACGACGAGUUGAGUUUUUACCAAAAAGUUAUAUUUUGGUUUCAUCUGACCAUAUGACAUUCUCCCAAUCCUCUUCUGGAUCAUCCAAAUGCACUCUAGCAAACUUAAGACUGGCCUGGACAUGUACUAGCUUAAGCAGGGGGACACGUCUGGCACUGCAGGAUUUGAGUCCCUGGCGGCGUAGUGUGUUACUGGUGGUAGGCUUUGUUACUUUGGUCCCAGCUCUCUGCAGGUCAUUCACUAGGUCCCCCCGUGUGGUUCUGGGAUUUUUGCUCACCGUUCUUGUGAUCAUUUUGACCCCACGGGGUGAGAUCUUGCGUGGAGCCCCAGAUCGAGGGAGAUUAUCAGUGGUCUUGUAUGUCUUCCAUUUCCUAAUAAUUGCUCCCACAGUUGAUUUCUUCAAACCAAGCUGCUUACCUAUUGCAGAUUCAGUCUUCCCAGCCUGGUGCAGGUCUACAAUUUAGUUUCUGGUGUCCUUUGACAGCUCUUUGGUCUUGGCCAUAGUGGAGUUUGGAGUGUGACUGUUUGAGGUUGUGGACAGGUGUCUUUUAUACUGAUAACAAGUUCAAACAGGUGCCAUUAAUACAGGUAACGAGUGGAGGACAGAGGAGCCUCUUAAAGAAGAAGUUACAGGUCUGUGAGAGCCAGAAAUCUUGCUUGUUUGUAGGUGACCAAAUACUUAUUUUCCACCAUAAUUUGCAAAUAAAUUCAUUAAAAAUCCUACAAUGUGAUUUUCUGGAUUUCUUUUUUUCUCAAUUUGUCUGUCAUAGUUGACGUGUACCUAUGAUGAAAAUUACAGGCCUCUCUCAUCUUUGUAAGUGGGAGAACUUGCACAAUUGGUGACUGACUAAUUACUUUUUCCCCCCACUGUAUCUCAGAGAACUAAUAGGUCAAACGCUAUUCGAAUCAAAUGUUAUUGGUCGCAUACACAUAUUUAGCAGAUGUUAUUGCGGGUGUAGCGAAAUGCUUGCAAUAUUUAGGGUUAAGGUUAGAAUUAGAAUUAGGUUAGGGUUAGGAACUAGGGCUAGUUUUAGGGUAAGGAGGUUACAUUUAGGAGUUAGGAGCAAGGGUUAGGUUUUCAGGUAAGGGUUAGGUGUUAGGGAAAAUAGGAUUUUGAAUGGGAAUAAAUCUUUUCAGCAUUUCACCCAUAAUGCAGUACAAUUGUUACGAAACCCAUAACUAGCCUGCUAAUAUUGAUACGUUCGCUAAAGUAUAGGGGUCCUAUGCCUAAAAGCGAGGAAAUGGUGAUGCAAUGGAUAGCAGCUGUUUUACGGGCUCCUGACCAAUUCUGCUAUUUGUGUGUUUUUAUGUUCUGAUCGUAACUUUUCUGUACAUAAUAUUUCCUCCAUCAUUUCCUAUGACUGAAAAUAACUUCUGGACAUCAGAACAGUAACUAACCUGUCGCUAACCUCAAUUUGAAUGAAGAUUUCUACUUCAACGAGUCGGAGGCACAGGACAUAGUGCUCACCCCGAAAUAAAAGUAACAAAUAAUUAAAGAGCAGCAGUAAAAAUAACAAAUAAUGAGGCUAAAUACAGGGGGUACCGGUACUGAGUCAAUGUGCGGGGGCACCGCUUAGUCAAGGUAAUUGAGGUAAUAUGUACAUGUAGGUACAGUUAUUAAAGUGACUAUGCAUAGAUAAUAAACAGAGAGUAGCAGCAGCGUAAGAGGGGGGUGGGGGGCAAUGCAAAUAGUCUGGGUAGCUAUUUUAUUAGAUGUUCAGGAGUGUUAUGGCUUGGGGGUAGAAGCUGUUUAGAAGCCUCUUGGACCUAGACUUGGCGCUCCGGUACCGCUUGCCGUGCGGUAGCAGAGAGAACAGUCUAUGACUAGGGUGGCUGGAGUCUUUGACAAUUUUUAGGGCCUUCCUCUGACACCUCUUGGUAUAGAGGUCCUGGGUGGCAGGAAGCUUGGCCCCAGUGAUGCACUGGGCCAACACAGUACCCUCUGUAGUGCCUUGCGGUCAGAGGCCGAGCAGUUGCCAUACCAGGCAGUGAUGCAACCAGUCAGGAUGCUCUCGAUGGUGCAGCUGUAGAACCUUUUGAGGAUCUGAGGACCCAUGCCAAAUAUUUUCAGUCUCCUUAGGAAUGGACAUUUGAAACCCCCUCUUUAAGAUACCUGGAUUGGAUAGGAUCCUUCUACCCCCCCCCCCCAAUGUUAAGUGGUUAUCAUGGUUAGGGUGAACGACCCAAUGGAGUCGCUUGUAAAGCGUCUCAAUGACGUAUGUGCCCUGACAAGGCACUUAACCUAAUUGGCCGGAGUCGCUUGGUAGCGUCUUAAAGACUAAUGAAAUGUAAAGAUGUAAAGAAUGGUUCUGCCUCUUGAUGUCUUGGUUGAUUGUCAAUGUAGUUUGGUUGGUGAUGCGGACACCAAGGAACUUGAAGCUCUCAACCUGCUCCACUACAGCCCCGUCGAUGAGAAUGGGGGCGUGCUUGGUCUCUUAAGACCUAUGCACACCUGGAUUGUACAACAUCUGCCCAUUAUUCUUUUUAAGAUUCUUCAAGUUCUGUCAAGUUGGUUGUUGAUCAUUGCUAGACAGCCAUUUUCAAGUCUUGCCAUAGAUUUUUUGAAGCCGAUUUAAGUCAAAACUAACUAGGCCACUCAGGAACAUUCAAUGUUAUCUUGGUAAGCAACUCCAGUGUAUAUUUGGCCUUGUGUUUUAGGUUAUUGUAUUGCUGAAAGGUGAAUUCAUCGCCCAGUGUCUGUUGGAAAGCAGACUGAACCAGGUUUUCCUCUAGGAUUUUGCCUAUGCUUAUUUACAUUUGAGUCAUUUAGCAGACACUCUUAUCCAGAGCGACUUACAGUUAGUGAGUGCAUACAUGUUUUUGGGUUUUUUUCAUACUGGCCCCCCGUGGGUAUCGAACCCACAACCCUGGCGUUGCAAGCGCCAUGCUCUACGAACUGAGCUGUAUUCCGUUUAUUUUUAUUCAAAAACCUUUUCUAGUCCUUGCCGAUGACAAGCAUACCCAUAACACGAUGCAGCCACCACCACGCUUGAAAAUAUGAAGAUUGGUACUCAGUGAUGUGUUGUGUUGGAUUUGCCCGAAACAUAAUGCUUUGUAUUCAGGACAAUUUCUUUUUACUAAAGUGCCUUGUUGCAAAUGGGAUGCAUGUUUUGGAAUAUUUUUAUUCUGUACAGGUUUCCUUCUAUUCACUCUGUCAUUUAGGUUAGUAUUGUGUAGGCCGUCAUUGUAAAUAAGAAUGUGUUCUUAACUGACUUGCCUAGUUAAAUAAAGGUUAAAAAAAUGUAUGUGUGGGGUACAGAGGAUGGGUAGUCAUUCAAAAAUCACGUUAAUAAUAAUUGUGUAGUAACUGCAAUGUUAUUGAACCAUCCUCAGUUUUCUCAUAUCACAACCAUUAAAAACUCUGUAACAUGGUGAAAUCUCUGAGCGGUUUCCUUCUUCUCUGGCAGCUGAGUUAGGAAUGAUGCCUGUAUCUUUGUAGUGACUGGGUGUUUUGAUACACCAUUCAAGUGUAAUUGAUAACUUCACCAUGCUCAAAGGGAUUUUCAGCAUCUGCUUUUUUUUUAACACAUCCAAUCGGUUCCCUUCUUUGCAAGACAUUGAAAACCUCCCUAGUCUUUGUGGUUGAAUCUGUGCUUGAAAUUCACUAAUAACUUGAGCGACAUUACAGAUAAUUGUAUGUGUGGGGUACAGAGGAUGGGUAGUCAUUCAAAAAUCACGUUAACUCAUACAAAGCAUGAGCUGGCACACACCCAGAGAACAUCACUUAGUGUAGAGGUGCUGACCAACUGAGAAUAAACUGUAAGCUAUAAAAAACAAACAAAGAGAGUCGCACACUCUAUGUAUAAAUAAAUUGUGUUUUUUUUACCCAAUAAUUUACUGGGAGUUUAUACAUAGAGUGUGCGACUCUCUUUGUUUGUUUUUAUAACCACUGUUAUUUAACACUGAAUGAGUCCUUGCAACUUAUUAUGCAAUUUGUUAAGCAAAUUUGUACUCCUGAACAUAUUUAGGCUUGCCAUAAGAAAGGGGUAAAAUACUUAUUAACUUAAGACAUUUCAGCUUUGAAUUCUUUAUUAAUUUCUAAAAUGUUCUGCAAACAAAAUUCCACUUUGACAUUCCGGGGUAUUUUGUGUAGAUCUGUGACACAAAAUAUAUACAUUUUAAAAUCAGGUUGUAAAGGGUGUGAAUACUUUCUGAAGGCCCUGUACAGUAUGUACAUGUACCCAGGAGACUGCAACCUUCCCUUAGGUCCAGGGCCAGCUCCUUCUUCUUGUUUGGCCUAUCCAAGCAGAUUAUUAGUUGUUCACCUAAAUUGCCUGCACCUGAUGUGCUUUAGAAGGCUUCCUGGCAGAGCACUGCCCUUGACCCGGUUGGUCCUGCCAUCUGGGGAUGGAGUGUUUAGUGUGGAAGUGUGACCUGGUAGUGUGUUGCCUAACUCUGUGCUAACACUAAACUACCCCCCAUAUCAUAUCACAAUCUACAGCACUAAUUCUGUAAAACACAUUUAAGGUAUUUUACGGUUUGUUCUACAGUGUUUUAAUGUUGAAAUUACAGUUUUACAGUGAAGCUAAUUCAUUAAGAAUUGAUCGAACAUGCUUCAUGACAGCUCUUGGAACAAGGCUUUGUGGGUAAUGGGAUAUCAGCUUUACAUCAACAACAAAAUCAGUCUAAGAUUUCCAAUGUGCCACCCAGUUGAAGCAUAUCAUACGUCAUCAUAAGCCACAAAAUUUCAUUCGGAUGACAACAUAAAUACUGUUAAUGAAAGAAGCACCAGUGUGCAAGCUGGACCAUGAAGCAGAAGAUUAAGUUAGAAUAUGAAGUUGGCAUAGCAUUCAUCAACUCCUUUGAGUAGGCUAGGCGUCAGCUGCUGCUCUCUGUCUUCCUCUUUGGGUAAGUCCAUUCACCAACAUACCCAUCCAAUCCACAACAGCCAUCCAAUUCAGCUGCUCCCAUGACAUCUGUCACCUGGGGUCCAUACUUGCAAACAUUAGAAAACGUUUUUCUCUGUCUCAAAAUCCGCAUCAGCCAAUUAAAAACGUUGAUGUAGUUGCACAUGAUAGAAUGUUAAAUGUUAGCUUUUCCCAUCAGAUAACCUGCCACACUUAGCCCUAUGCUAACUACACCAGCUGUACAUGAUUAUUCCCUGUAAAAAAUUCUGCAUCAGCCAUUAACAAAUGUUUAUGUAGUUUACAUCAUAGAACACUUUUUUUAAUGAGAGCGUCCCUAUUAAAGGCCCAGUGCAGUCUUAAACGUGAUUUUCCUGUGUUUUAUAUAUAUUUAUUUCCACACUGAGGUUGGAAUAAUACUGUGAAAUUGUGAAUAUUAUGAUAAUGCCCUUUUAGUCUAAGAGCUGUUUUAAAAGGUCCGUGGUCCUCUGUAGCUCAGCUGGUAGAGCACGGCGCUUGUAACGCUAAGGUAGUGGGUUCGAUCCCCGGGACCUCCCAUACACAAAAAAUGUAUGCACGCAUGACUGUAAGUCGCUUUGGAUAAAAGCGUCUGCUAAAUGGCAUAUUAAUUAUAAUUAAUUAAAAAGACCACCUGAAAUUUCAGCCUGUUGUGGUGGGAUGGAGUUUUGGCCUGCCUGGUUACAACUCCAGGGGGUAAAUUAGUUAAUAGACCAAUAAGAAAGAGAAUUCCAAACAUCUCUAACAAUAUGAGCUAUUUUUCAGUUUUCCCCUCCCUACUCAGACAGUCCUAGCAAAAUGUUUGCUUAAGAAAUUGCUCUUUCCUAAGAAGCUAUUCAUUUCUUUUUUACAAUUUUUAAUUGAAAACAAUCAGAAUUAGGUACUUAAUUGUUACCCCAAAAUGAUUUGAUAUUGCAGGAGAAAAAAAAGCUGCAUUAGACCUUUAACAGAAGUCAAAACGGCAUCAUAUGUUAAUAAAAAGGUACUAAAACACAUGAAAUCCUUGAAAAUGUUGCUUUUUGCGGCAAGUUCGAAUCCCAGGUGAGAUAUAGAGUUUUCCUUUGAAAUUUAGGAUUACAUUAAUUGUGUUACUGUGUCGCAAAGGGAAGUGCAGAUUAAAAAUGAAAAUGAAGAAUACAUUUAAUGAGGAGCUGCAUUUUCAGCCUUGUAGACAAGCACACAGCUAAUGAUUAAGUUUAUUAGGCCUACAUAUACAGUGGGGAGAACAAGUAUUUGAUACACUGCCGAUUUUGCAGGUUUUCCUACUUACAAAGCAAGUAGAGGUCUGUAAUUUUUAUCAUGAGAGACGGAAUCUAAAACAAAAAUCCAGAAAAUCACAUUGUAUGAUUUUUAAGUAAUUAAUUUGCAUUUUAUUGCAUGACAUAAGUAUUUUAUACAUCAGAAAAGCAGAACUUAAGAUUUGGUACAGAAACCUUUGUUUGCAAUUACAGUGAUCAAACGUUUCCUGUAGGUCUUGACCAGGUUUGCACACACUGCAGCAGGGAUUUUGGCCCACUCCUCCAUACAGACCUUCUCCAGAUCCUUCAGGUUUCGGGGCUGUCGCUGGGCAAUACGGACUUUCAGCUCCCUCCAAAGAUGUUCUAUUGGGUUCAGGUCUGGAGACUGGCUAGGCCACUCCAGGACCUUGAGAUGCUUCUUACGGAGCCACUCCUUAGUUGCCCUGGCUGUGUGUUUCGGGUCGUUGUCAUGCUGGAAGACCCAGCCACGACCCAUCUUCAAUGCUCUUACUGAGGGAAGGAGGUUGUUGGCCAAGAUCUUGCGAUACAUGGCCCCAUCCAUCCUCCCCCCAAUACGGUGCAGUCGUCCUGUCCCCUUUGCAGAAAAGCAUCCCCAAAGAAUUAUGUUUCCACCUCCAUGCUUCACGGUUGGGAUGGUGUUCUUGGGGUUGUACUCAUCCUUCUUCCUCCAAACACGGCGAGUGGAAUUUAGACCAAAAAGCUCUAUUUUUGUCUCACCUUCUCCCAUUCCUCCUCUGGAUCAUCCAGAUGGUCAUUGGCAAACUUCAGACGGGCCUGGACAUGCGCUGGCUUGAGCAGGGGGACCUUGUGUGCGCUGCAGGAUUUUAAUCCAUGACGGCGUAGUGUGUUACUAAUGGUUUUCUUUGAGACUGUGGUCCAAGCUCUCUUCAGGUCAUUGACCAGGUCCUGCCGUGUAGUUCUGGGCUGAUCCCUCACCUUCCUCAUGAUCAUUGAUGCCCCACGAGGUGAGAUCUUGCAUGGAGCCCCAGACCGAGGGUGAUUGACCGUCAUCUUGAACUUCUUCCAUUUUCUAAUAAUUGCGCCAACAGUUGUUGCCUUCUCACCAAGCUGCUUGCCUAUUGUCCUGUAGCCCAUCCCAGCCUUGCGCAGGUCUACAAUUUUAUCCCUGAUGUCCUUACACAGCUCUCUGGUCUUGGCCAUUGUGGAGAGGUUGGAGUCUGUUUGAUUGAGUUUGUGGACAGGUGUCUUUUAUACAGGUAACGAGUUCAAACAGGUGCAGUUAAUACAGGUAAUGAGUGGAGAACAGGAGGGCUUCUUAAAGAAAAACGAACAGGUCUGUGAGAGCCAGAAUUCUUACUGGUUGGUAGGUGAUCAAAUACUUAUGUCAUGCAAUAAAAUGCAAAUUAAUUACUUAAAAAUCAUACAAUGUGAUUUUCUGGAUUUUUGUUUUAGAUUCUACCUCAUCCCUAUAUUGUUAUUUAUUUUGCUCUUUUGCACCCCAGUAUCUCUAUUUGCACAUAAUCUCUUGCACAUCUAGCAUUCCAGUGUUAAUACUAUUGUAAUUAUUUUGCACUAUAGCCUAUUUAUUGCCUUACCUCCAUAACUUGCUAUAUUUGCACCACUGUAUAUAUAUUUUCUGUUGUAUUUUUGACUUUAUGUUUUUUUUUACCCCAUAUGUAACUCUGUGUUGUUUUUAUCGCACUGCUUUGCUUUAUCUUGGCCAGGUCGCAGUUGUAAAUGAGAACUUGUUCUCAACUGGCUUACCUGGUUAAAUAAAGGUGAAAUAAAAUAAAAAUAAAAUUCCGUCUCUCACAGUUGAAGUGUACCUAUGAUAAAAAUGACAGACCUCUAACAUCUUUGUAAGUAGUGAAAACCCUGCGAAUCGGCAGUGUAUAAAUAUUUGUUCUCCCCACUUAAAUAUAGUCAUAUAUAUAUAUAAUUAUAAUACACAGCCACACCCACACACCACACCAACCACACCACAACACACACCACACAACACCACCCCACCAACACACACACCACACACAAACACCACACACACACACCACACACACACACACAUACAUACAGUGGUCCUCUACUCAGCUGUAGAGCACGGCGCAUGUAACGCAGUAGCGAUCUGAUAUAUAACAGUGGGAGAACAGAUUUAUACACUGCCGUUCGGGUUUCCUCUUACACAGCAUGAAGAGUCUGAUUAUAUAUAUACAGUGUGUGUAUAUAAGUAUAAUAUAUACACACACACACACACACACACACAUACAUACAUACAUACAGUGGUCCUCUUUAGCUCAGCUGGUAGAGCACGGCGCAUGUAACGCCAGGGUAGUGGGUUCGAUCCCCGGGACCACCCAUACACAAAAAUGUAUGCACGCAUGACUGUAAGUCGCUUUGGAUAAAAACAUCUGCUAAAUGGCAUAUUAUUAUACACAUACCUAUCCUUUAAAAAUAUAUAUAUAUAUUCCCCUUUUACUUUCCAACCCUGCCACCCUUUCCCUACUUGGAGUAAACUAGUGAACAACAAUGCUUAGGCCUCUACUUCCAGCUUAUACUUACUAUCUACAUUUUAUGGACACAGUCAAUUUUACAAUAAUUCUAUUUUGUUUGUUUUUUCUCCUGAACUUCUACUCUCAACCUCUCCGAUCAUUUUCAUGAUGUCCAUCCGGUUUCCUUCUAUAUGCUAUAUCUUUCUAACUGUGCUCUAACACAAAAGCUCCCUACCUACAACCUAUAUACUUAUAAUGGACACAGUAUGCUUACAUUAUUUGUCAUCUUGUUAUUAUUUGUUGUUAGUUGUUAUUAGUCCCAUCCUUCAACUCCAUUCAAUACCUCCCAUCUAUCUUUUAACACCAUUCAUAUAGGAUUUCUACUUGCCAUAUAUAUUUCAACUGUACUGUGAUGUCUUACAAAAGUUCUGAACCUUUCUAUUCUCAUUGUUUCUACAGAUUGUAAAUUGAAAAUAAACAUUUUUGCUAAAAGUAUUAUUAUGUUAUUGAUCAAUUGACUAUGACUUUUCAGAUCACCCAGUAAUGCUAUCUGCAAGGUUAGCUCCAGGUAAAUAUUGCAAUCCUUUAGCCAUUCCUGGACCUGUGUCCAAAAACAAGCUACAAAUGGACAGUACCAAAACAAAUGAUCUAAUGAUUCUGUCUCUUCACAGCAAAAUCUGCAGAGCUGGGAAGAUUGUAUCCCCCAUAUAAAUAACAUUCUAUUGGUAGCAAGAUUUUUAUAUAAUAAUUUAAAUUGAAAGAUUCAAAGUUUUGAAUCCGGUGUCGUUUUGCAUAUCAGUUCAUAAAAACACUAUGCCAUGGGAUCGGUACCGCCCCUCAAAAAUCUCUACUCCAACUAUUUUGGCACAAUCUAUAUGGGCCGGCUGUCCAAUCCUUUGGUCCUUAAAUGAAAACCUGAUAUACUUUUUUAUUUAUCACAGUUUGUCCUUAACCAAUUUAUGUUCCCCUUCCACAUUCCCUCUUCCAUUUUUGCGGCUAAAAGGCUGCAAUUAUUUGGGUUGUACUUUUGGGUAGAGCAGACAUUUCCAUAUGUUUUUGUUAGCCUUCAUAUGCGACAUACCUCCACCAUGUCCUACCGCUGAUAUCAUGUUAUGGAAGAUUAUAACAAUUUUCUUUUAAAUUUGUCAAAAAAAAAGUUGUUUUUGUGGGUCCAAUUAGUAUAUUUUGAGUUUUUAAAACCACAAAUAUUUGUUGCAUUAUUUGUUCUUUCUGUGUGUCUUCCUGGCGGAUUAAAUUGAAAUUGCAACCAACUUUCUAUGGCUUACAUAUAUUACAUAAACUUGUAGGCUACACUUAUAUGUACAACGUUUCAUAUCCUUUGGUGUUUUUGAGCCACGGAUUUGCAGAUUGACUGACAGGUUAACACUUUUUGGCUUGGCUAGCUAGCAAGCUAGCUGGCUAAUAUUUAGAAAAAUGCAUCUGGACACAGUACCAGAUUUUUUGUUUCACCUGGCUGCCAAUUCGAAGAGUCGCCUGAAGCGUGAGAGUAUUGGGAGAUAGAGGAAUUCAGCAGUGUUGAGGCGGAGGGCUCAUAGUGAGGACUACUGGCUACUAUUCUGAACUUUGUGUGGUGAACUUUCUCGUGCGCAGAGCUGCUGAGGCAUCACCCAAGUCGGUGCUACACAGAGUGGAAGAGAAGAAGUCCAGUGGCUAUAAGAGUCAGGCUGGUUCCCAGACUUGCCCUCUACAAGAUCAUCAGCAGACUCCAUCACCAUCAUCUAACAUCCUCUGACCAGCUCUCUCCACUAAAGCCAUGAAUUGCGCUCCAUCUUCGAAGGAUGCAGCUUUCAAACACAUGGUCUCUAUUGGUUGACCUGUCAUGAACCGCUUUGAGAUACUAUGAUAAGCACUAUAGAAAUGUAAUACAUUAUCAGUAUUAGAGUUGAAGUCGGAAGUUUACAUACACCUUAGCCAAACACAUUUAAACUCAGUUUUUCACAAUUCCUGACAUUUAAUCCUAGUAAAAAUUCCCUGUCUUAGUUCAGUUAGGAUCACCACUUUAUUUUAAGAAUGUGAAAUGUCAGAAUAAUAGUAGAGAGAAUGAUUUAUUUCAGCUUGUAUUUCUUUCAUCACAUUCCCAGUGGGUCAGCAGUUUACAUACACUCAAUUCGUAUUUGGUAGCAUUGCCUUUAAAUUGAUUAACUUGGGUCAAAUGUUUCGGGUAGCCUUCCACAAGCUUCCCACAAUAAGUUGGGUGAAUUUUGGCCCAUUCCUCCUGACAGAGCUGGUGUAAUUGAGUCAGGUUUGUAGGCCUCCUUGCUCGCACACGCUUUUUCAGUUCUGCCCACAUAUUUUCUAUAGGAUUGAGGUCAGGGCUUUGUGAUGGCCACUCCAAUACCUUGACUUUGUUGUCCUUAAGCCAUUUUGCCACAACUUUGGAAGUAUGCUUGGGGUCAUUGUUCAUUUGGAAGACCCAUUUGCUACCAAGCUUUAACUUCCUGACUGAUGUCUUGAGAUGUUGCUUCAAAAUAUCCAUAUAAUUUUCCUCCCUCCUGCAGCCAAGCACCCCCACAGCAUGAUACUGCCACCCCGUGCUCCACGGUUGGGAUGGUGUUCUUCGGCUUGCAAGCCUUCCCCUUUUUCCUCCAAACAUAACGAUGGUCUCUAUGGCCAAACAGUUCUAUUUUUGUUUCAUCAGACAGGACGACAUUUCUCCAAAAAGUACGAUCUUUGUCCCCAUGUGCAGUUGCAAACCGUAGUCUGGCUUUUUUAUGGCGGUUUUGGAGCAGUGCCUUCUUCCUUGCUGAGCGGCCUUUCAGGUUAUGUCGAUAUAGGACUCGUUUUACUGUGGAUAUAGAUACUUUUGUACCGGUUUCCUCCAGCAUUUUCACAAGGUCCUUUGCUGUUGUUCUGGGAUUGAUUUACACUUUUUGCACCAAAGUACGUUCAUCUCUAGGAGACAGAACGCGUCUCCUUCCUGAGCGGUAUGACGGCUGUGUGGUCCCAUGGUGUUUAUACUUGCGUACUAUUGUUUGAACAGAUGAACGUGGUACCUUUAGGCAUUUGGAAAUUGCUCCCAAGGAUGAACCAGACUUGUGGAGGUCCAAAAAUUUUUUUCUGAAGUCUUGGCUGAUUUCUUUUGAUUUUCCCAUGAUGUCAAGCAAAGAGGCACUGAGUUUGAAGGUAGGCCUUGAAAUACAUCCACAGGUACACCUCCAGUUGACUCAAAUGAUGUCAAUUAGCCUAUCAGAAGCUUCUAAAGCCAUGACAUCAUUUUCUGGAUUUUUUCAGGCUGUUUAAAGGCACAGUCAACUUAGUGUAUGUAACAUUUCUGACCCACUGGAAUUGUGAUACAGUGAAUUAUAAGUUAAGUAAUAUGUCUGUAAACAAUUGUUGGAAAAAUUACUUGUGUCAUGCACAAAGUAGAUGUCCUAACCGACUUGCCAAAACUAUAGUUUGUUAACAAGAAAUGUGUGGAGUGGUUGAAAAAUGAGUUUUAAUGACUCCAACCUAAGUGUAUGUAAUCUUCCGACUUCAACUGUAUAUGCAUUAUUAGAAUAAUCCACUUUGUCACAUUUGCAUGAUUUGAAUUGAGCUUAAACUUUUGCUGAUGUUCACAAGUUCAGACCCCUGAGCUAGCUGCAGAGCUAGUCAAGGUGGCCUUAUACUGAUAGUGCUCCUUAUGUGAGCCAAUCAAAUCACAAAAAUAGUCCCCACGCACCCCUGGGACUGAGGUAAACCUUUGAUUACUGUGGCUCUGCUCCGGUUGAACAAACUUGUCCUUAAUGUAUCUCCUCUGGAAGACAGUUACAUCAUGUUAGGGUUUAACUGCAAUUGAACAGAACUACAGCGGUACAGCGUUUUGAAAUCCUGCCCACCGCAGCCCAUUUGAACCUGUUUGGUAGCAGUAGGGUCAUGCACAAAGACAUUUAGAGUAGGCACUGAUUCAAUAUCGUUGCAUUAAUUAUGUGUGUCUUCUAUAAUGUUUCAGAGAGCAUGCCGCCUCUGUUUGGCAGCCAAAUCAGAGGUUAAGGAGAGUUCAUCCCUGGUAUUUGGCAAAGAAACACAUAUUCACUAUUGUGGCAUUGACACUAAAUAGUCAUGCACCAGAAACAGAGCGCCAGUGUUGUAGUGUGACCAGACAGGCAGGCAGGCUCCGCUCAUGCUCUGCCUCCGAUCAUGUAGGCUACACACAUAGACAUUAAAAUCAGUACAUAGUGGUAGCGCUGACAAGUUGCACCCCUGGUGCAAAGAGUGUGGCGCAAUGUCAACUAUGUAACAGAAAAUAGAAGAGAAGACCAUUGCCAACUGACUGCAAAGUAAACAGUAGGCUAUGUAUUAGAAUAGACUUCAGCCAUAGGGACCUGUGACUCGACUCAUGACUCGACUAGUGACUCAACCAUUGGUGACUCAGACUUGAACUCUGACUUAACUCGGACACUCGAGCACAGGGGACUUGGGACUCGACUCGGACUCGAGGUUUAGUGACUCGACCACAACACUGCAGAGGGCUAAAGAAAGAUAGGCAUUGUGCCAUUCUAUUUAUGUUUGAACAUAGCGUACACAAGACCAGCCAUUCAUGUUGACUCACUGGCAUGGUCACGUGACUUCACAACACCAUUUACUACAGAAGGAAAUGAGAGGUGAUGUAUAGCAUGAUUUACAGUACUAAAAUUUGAAAAAUAUUGGAAAGAACAACACCCAUCUGUAUAUGCAUGAUAACAGUUUAAUCAAAAGGUAGACAAGCAAGUGGGAAAGCAUUCAAGCAACUUUCUUGGAUAAUUGGAAAACUGAAUGCCACAUUCCAUUAGUUCCAUUAGUGCACUAGCCUAUACGUUAUAUUGUGUGUGUCACUCCCUUACGGAAAAACCACAUGAAUUUCACACAUGAAUAGUUACACAAAAAAUGUUUAUGUGAUCAUGUGAUCUUAUGUGAAGUUAAUGUGAUAACAUGUGACAACAUGUAAAGCAACAUUUGAUAACAUGGCAUUUUCCAUGUGAAAACGUGAUCACAUGUGAAGUGUUCCAAAACACUUUUUCAGAUGUGAAAUUUCACAUGAAAUCAUGUGAUUUUCCACAUGUGAAAUCAUGUGUUUUUUUCUGUAAGGGCUGUCCCUUUCAGGAGUGAGUGAGCCUCAUUCUAUAUGUGGUAGUGGCUGUGUACAUUAAUGCAUUAUGGUUGACUUGUAUAUUGUGAUUGACUGCAAUUAUUGUCACAUUCUAUAAUGGGGUAUCACUGGUGAAAAAACAACUAGACAUGGCUGAGUGAACUACUGCAGCUGAAUGCACUGAUGAUGAUCAUCAGUAGCUAGGUUUCCAUCCAAUUGGUGACAGAUUUUCAUGCGAUUAUUCUAAAAUCUGCAUAAAAACAAGAUGUGAAUUUUCACACCUGAUAUGUGUUUCCAUCAAAUUGACUUGAUGCAGAUAAAAGGCUUGUGCGUGAGGACUUAGUGCACAUAAACAUACAUUUUGUGAUUAAAUUCCAAUGAACCUAAUAAAAAAAAAUUCAACUCUACUGAUGGUUUUCUCACAACAACAAAAAUAUUGUGUGCCCACUGUGGUAAUGGCACGUGCGCUGUAGCCAACAGCUAGCAGAUACAGUGCAGGUGUAGCCUACAUGAUGAGUUUAUUAUGAACAAAAGAGCAAGAUUAUUUUUAUUUCUCAAACGGUAGCCAAGCAUCGAUGAUCAUGUCACCAGAAUAAGACCCUCAAUAUUUAUUGGAAAGGAGCAUCAAGCUCAUCACCUUGCACUAUCACCACCCUUACUGUAUUUAAUCUGUAGCCUCAUAAACUGCAUGCUUUCCCGAUGAGUCUUAGUGGGAGGACUACACAACAUGUGAUCGUGUGACUCCAAGAUUACUUCAUUAUGAUGGUUAUUAUAUCUAUAUUUGCACAUAAAGCAUUUCCACCGACAUUUCUCGCAUAAUUAAUUUUACAGACACAUAUGGAACAUUUUGAGCUGGUACAGCCAUUAUGUGUUUCAUUGGCCUUAUUUGAGUGGGACAAACCCUUAAAUUGAAUGGAAGCACUACUACUUGUUUAUCUCAUGAAUAUAUUUAACUAUACCUUUGCCGUAUGAGUGACUUCUCCAUGCUGUGUGGCGUAGUGUGACUGCUAAAUCAUUCCCCCAGUCAGACUUAAAUUACUAUUUCAUAAAUCUUUUAAAAGACUGCUAAAUCAUUCCCCCAGUUUUGACAACUUUCUUCUAAGCCAAGGACUUUAACAAGUGAACAGAUGCCGGGUCUUAAAAGUUUCAAGGCUUUGCUAUUAUGAACUUAAAAGUUGUUUUCACUUGAAAACACCUUGGGUGGAAUUUCAAGCACCUGCAAGCCAUUUGUGUGGUGGUGGCGUUGUACACAGUAUAAACCUGCUCUCUAUUCAACAGGCCAGGACUGAAUGAUACAAACAGUCACCCAUACCUUACUUUUGCCACUUAAUUAACACAACUCUUUAAGCAUCCCAAAACAUAAAUGUAAAUGUUGUCAUGUUUUUCAACUUGCAUGUUCUAUUGUCUAUUUAUUAAAUUGACAUUUUAGUCAUUUAGCAGACACUCUUAUCCAGAGCAACUUAUAGGAGCAGUUUGGGUUAAGUGCCUUGCUCAAGGGCACAUCGACAGAUAUUUCACCUAGUCGGCUCGGGGAUUCAGCCAGUGACCUUUCGGUUACUGGCCCAACGCUCUUAACUAGUACCUGCUGCCCCAUUUAUCAAGGCAAUAUCCAUGUAUUUCAGUGUCUGUCUGCAAUGUGGAUAUUAUUAAAAACAUGUACUUGAACUUGUACCCGUUUGACAAUCAGCUGUGCUCAAUGCUGAUGAGAUGUAAGAUGAGAUAACAGGAGCUUCAAAUCAAAUCAAAUUUUAUUUGCCACAUGCGCCGAAUACAACAGGUGUAGACAUUACAGUGCAAAUAGUCCGGGUAGCCAUGAUUAGCUGUUCAGGAGUCUUAUGGCUUGGGGGUAGAAGCUGUUGAGAAGCCUUUUGGACCUAGACUUGGCGCUCCGGUACAGCUUGCCGUGCGGUAGCAGAGAGAACAGUCUAUGAUUAGGGUGGCUGAAGUCUGACAAUUUUUAGGGCCUUCCUCUGACACCGCCUGGUACAGAGGUCCUGGAUGGCAGGAAGCUUGGCCCCAUUGAUGUACUGGGCCGUACGCACUACCAUCUGUAGUGCCUUGCGGUCGGAGGCCGAGCAGUUGCCAUACCAGGCGGUGAUGCAAACAGUCAGGAUGCUCUCGAUGGUGCAGCUGUAUAACUUUUUGAGGAUCUGAGGACCCAUGCCAAAUCUUUUCAGUCUCCUGAGGGGGAAUAGGCUUUGUCGUGCCCUCUUCACGACUGUCUUGGUGUGUUUUUGACUCAUUAUUUGUGUGUUUGGUUUUGUGUUGGUCGCCGGACUGUUUCCUUGGCACCUGUCGUAUUGACUAUUGGAUCUGGGUACCAGAGCAACAUAGAUUUUCUCUUCCUAUGACCUUUAAUAGCUCAUCUUGGAAGUCUCAAGGCACAUAAGGAAAAAUAAACUAUAUUUGCAGAAUACAUCAUGACCUUAAGAACAUAACAUUCCCCUCAGGAUACGUACAUGCUUGCGAACAUUUUCAGGCACAAGGCUCCAUGUUUUUUUCUGAGCAGAAUUCUCCAAUGUGGUAUAUUUGUUUUUCCUGUGUAUUCUAAAAACUCAAGCCUCAACAAAAAAGCACUAUGACCAGUGCUUAAUUUGUAAAUCAGGAGGUGCCGGAACAAAAAGUGAGCGCGAGAGGGGGAUGACCUGGGGAGCUCUGGGGUACCAGAACGCAUGAGGAAAAAAAUCACCUUUAUAAUAAAGCAUUGCAUGCAUAUCAUCGCAUUUGCGUAGUGGAUAGAGUAGUAGAGUAGAGGCAUUUACACAUGGGGAACAUUUUCGUAGCCACGGGUCCGGGAUUUUUAAAAAUAAAUGCAUUUCAUCAGGGGUGCAACUUUCACUGGGGACAGGGGGACAUGCAUUUUUGUCCCCUCCCCCAAUGUGAUACAAAACGAGGCAACGGUGUGCUUUAGGACUAUGCGGACACCUCCGAGCGGUCGGGUAAGCUGUUUGGAGUGUUUAUCUGACUGGACAAAAAAUUAAAUGUCCCCCCCGCUUCUAAAACCAAGGUUGCGCCCCUGCAUUUCAUGCAAUUCUACAUCAUUUUACAUGACUGGAGACUUUGGCAGAAUCGUUUUUAAUACCGCACAAAUGAUCGAAAAGACAAGCUACUUUGAAACGGACAAAAUGAUAAUCUGAGAUCAAUAAAAACGACCUUGAAUCCAUCAAUAGCAUAGGCCUAGGUGUGUGGAGACACAUAUUGUAGGCUACACUAUGAGGAGGAAAUUAUAGUCCUACUUUGUAAAAACAAUAUUUUGAAGUUUAUCAAAUAUUUUGUUCGCCUAUAGCAGACAGAUUAGAGUAUUCUCUUUUCAGCAGGAGCAAUUUGGUUUCCAACCUGUUUUCCCACAAUUGUAUUUGAAAUAUUGCAAAAGGCCUGUUUUGUCUGCAUGCUGUUCACUGACAGAUUUGCAGCGCGUUCCCGACUAUAGGCUAUGCCUUGUUAUUGGGCUACACACAAUCCACCGCUAGGCAAUUUUUAAAAAGAAGCUAUUGAUCCUCUGUGGAUACCUUAUGGCCAUUUUCAUGGUGUAGUAGGCUAUUCUGAACAGACAGCAGUUAUUCUAUAACUUUGGCAAAUGUAUUUCAAUUCAUCAGAGGAGCUGCAGCUCCUCCAGAACCCUUUGUGCGGCUAUGACUCUAUAAGGAAAUAAAUGAUGAAUUGCAACGCUGGAGAGAUGAGAGUUGCAGGAUCAUGUCUAUCAGAGCAGAGAGGGAUCAUAGAAAGUGAAUGUCAUUCUAGCUCUGUGAGAGAUACAGGCGCGCUUCUCACAUAGCCAAUGUUACGCAAACCAUAAGCCCGGGCCGACCCAACCCGAAUCAACUCUUAGAAUAUCAGGCCCAUGCUGAAAAUCUACUUUUUCACAUUACUUUUUUUUGGGGGGGGGGGGGCAAUUAGAAUGAAGAGGCAAUUAGAAGGAUUUUUAUUUAAAAAAAAUCUUUGAUCGCUUUUAUUAGAAUUUUUACAUUGCAAAAAGUGAAAAUUAUUUUUCAUUUCACGAGAGGUACCAGAUCCGGCCAAAUAGGUCCCGGAACGAAACAUUCCAAAAUGGAGAGGUGACGGAUCCUGUUCCGGCAAGAUCCGGCUCAAAUUAACCUCUACGGGAUCGUUGUCCCGUACACGGGACGGUUGAGCUAACGUGUGCUAAUGUGAUUAGCAUGACUGUUGUAAGUAAAAGCAAACUUUCCAGGACAUAGACAUUUCUUAUAUGGGCAGAAAGCUUAAAUUCUUGUUAAUCUAACUGCAUUGUCCAAUUUACAGUAGCUGUUACAGUUUAAAAAAAUACCAUGCUAUUGUUUGAGUAGAGUGCACAACAACAAAAAACACUUAUCACAGCAACUGGUUUGACACAUUCACCUCUGAAGGUAAAUAAUGUACUUACAUUCAGUAAUCUUGCUCUGAUUUGUCAUCCUAAGGGUCCCAGAAAUAAAAUGUAGCAUAGUUUUGUUUGAUAAAAUUCAUUUUUAUAUUCAAAUGUAGGAACUGGGUUCUACAGUUUGAACCCCUGCUGUCUCUGGCUCCACACCCACCCCGCCCGCCAUCUAGAUGUGUGAAAGUUAGUGUAUAAGCUAAUGAUUCAUCAUGUAUGACAUUCCUGGGAGUGUGUAAACUUACAUUUUGUAUUAUCAUAUCAUUUUUGUAUGUUCUCUAUAGUUACAUACUUGAAAUUGUAUCAAUUGACCAAUUCGGCUUAUUUGGGCAGACUUGAUACAAAAUAGUCCAGUAUUGCAAUGCUUCACUGGAUGAAUCUGAAACUUUGCACACACACUGCUGCCAUCUAGUGGCCAAAAUCUAAAUUGCGCCUAAACUGCAAUAUUAUAUUGUGGCCUUUCUCUUGCAUUUCAAAUAUUUUUUGUCUGUAUUAUCUUUUACCAUAUCUAAUGUGUUAUCUUUUUCUACAUUGAUUUCACAUUUCCACAAACUCCAAAGUGUUUCCUUUCAAAUGGUAUCAAGAAUAUGCAUAUCCUUCCUUCAGGUCCUGAGCAACAGGCAGUUAGAUUUGGGUAUGUAAUUGUAGGCCAAAAUUGAAAAAAAUGGUCAGAUCCUAAAGAGCCUAAGCACUGACUAUGACUCCUAGCACAUCAGAUAUGGCUGUUUUUCAAGAGGAUUUAACCCUAAGAGUGUGAUGUCAGGUUGAAAGACAGGGGGAAUUAACAUUUUAAAGGCUGGGGUAUUGCUGUGAUUGUGGGGUGGUACCUUAUCUCUGGCUUCUCCAUUAAACUGAUGGGAUCAUCUCUGUUGUUCUUACGUAGAUAAUCAGCGGUGGUCGCACACAGUCAAAUUUGACAUCAGUCAGGCUACAUACAGUAUGUUAUUCGGAGGUGACUGAGGAGCCCAAACCUGGAGGGGCAGUUUCAACCACAGUGGGGGCAGGUUGUAUAGCUAGAGAAAUGGGUUUGGAGAGCAGGCUGAAGAUCAUACAAUACAGUUCACCUACAACAAGUGCAACCAUUUGUAUGUAUUUAUAAGCAAGUGAUAGAAAGGUCCCUAGAAAGGUGGAAGAAAACCCUUAAUGUAACAUCAGGAAGGCAGCUAACAUCUAAUGUCCUGAACAAUUUGUUCUCAUGACUCCUUACAUCACAGCAACCAUUGAUGUAGAAGUUCAUUCAAUGUUUUAUUUUUCAUGCCUGAAAUCGAUAGCUCAUUUUCCGGGCCGGGCACAGUCCUUUGAGUUAGAGGGCAUUUUCAUCAGAGUAGCAUCAUCAUACAGACUGAGGUGUGUUGUGUGUGUGUGUGUGUGUGUGUGUUCCAGCAGUGUGGGUUUUCUAUAACGAGGCCGAUUAUUAAACCUAGAAGACCUUGUCUCAAUCAAGGGUACAUCACUGUGUAGGUUCUGAAGAGUGGUUCAGAGAGCAGUGCACCACAAGAAAAGUUGUACUACUUUUAUUUCAUGAAACUUUUUCAUGUUUCAUUUGAAGGUCGAUUAGCUUUUCUUUAUUUUUUAUUUCUGUGCAGCCAAUUUAGCAACCAAUUAAAACUGUGUUGUCUCUUAUAUCAAAUCUCCACCUGGAUUUGUAUGAGUUAUGUGGCCUUACAUUUUCUAGUGCAUCAAGUAUAGUGGAAUCCAACGGGUAUUCAAAGAUCGAAUAUGACGAUAGAAGUGAGUAUUGCACAACAAGACUCUUGACUUGAAACUGUGAUGCGUCUGUCUGCAUCAUUUCACCUAGACUCGCCUGGAACUGUAGUCGUGUGUGCUGUCUGUCUGGAUGGCAUCAAAACUGAGCAACAUAAAAUCUCUAAUCCAAAACCUCCCUGUCAAAUUGAAGGGUUGACUGACUUGGGGAAUGGAGGAUAGAAGACUUCUGAAAAAAAAAAAAAAAUGGUCCGAGGCCUCUGUAAAUGAAAAGACUACCAUCUGUCAAAUAAAAUAUUGACUCAUCAAACAACAGCACUUAAAAACAAACCACACUUCACCUUUACCAUCAAGGCAGAAGGAAAAUUACAAGCGGUUCUUUUCUUUUCCACAUUUCCACUCUUUCCAUUUAAACCCGAUAAGGAUGCAGUGUAGCUCAAAGGGCAUACCCUGAUGUCUUAGAGAGCCCGAAGCCUCUGUAAAGAGGACAAAGCUAACCUUAACAUUUCUUAUUUAUUCCUUAUUUAUGGUACUUAGGUACAGUUAUACAUAAUACUGCAACAUAGUCUCACUAGAAUAGUGAUUGUAGCUACAUAAACUUAAAUAUUAGUUAUACGUCACUUUUGAUAUUAAUUCACUCCUGGUUAUAUGUCACUAUAAUGACGUAAACCCUUUACAGAGUCUCAAACAUCUCAAUAGAUUUAAUUUCAAGGUCAUUUUCUCAUUAAUAUGCGUAACAGAAAGCUCUAAACUUCAGGAGGUUGCAGGUUCGAAUCCUUGGAAGGCAGGUUUGGUUUGGUUGUUAAUUAUAUUGAUUACAUCUAUGCCUGCACAGCACUUUCAUUCUGCUUCUGGUUCUGAGUUGUUGUGAUUUGCUGUUGUGUUGCAAGCAAAUUCAUUCUGCUUUUGAGGUGUUGAAACAAAUUCUAAGGUUGCUCAGUAAUCCUCAUAGUCGAUUAGUUGAACUGGCGUCCAACUGUCUUUUUCACCUCUUGAUUAUCUUUGCUCAAAGACAGCAAUCCCCUCUGAAAGGGAUUUUUAUACCUCAACUCUCUCUCUCUCUCUCUCUCUCUCUCAGAUUCCUGGCAGUCAGUUCCCCCACCUCUAGAAAAAGCCAAUGAAAGGACAACGAAUUUUCCUGCCAUCGACCGUCAUUGUCCAUAAUAUUGUAUUCAUUCCAACCAGUUCUUUUGUCACAUUCAAUAACAACAAACCCUGGUUCAAUGCAGAGCUGAGAGGCCUACACUCUGCCAAGGAAGAGGCACAUAUGAGUGGCAACAUGGACCACUACAGAGUGGCAAAACAGAAUCGGAAUAAGGGGAUUAAAGCAGCCAAAGGACAACAUAAGGAGAGGCUAGAACAACAAACAAACGACUGCUCGUCUGUCUGGAGGGGUCUUCAGAAGAUCACAAAUUACAAACAUUCACGGUACCAGUAAUUUAUUUUAAUACACCACAUGUAUGUCCUUGAUCGCACACAGAAGAAGUUAUAAGGAUCAUUUAGUUGCUAAUGGCAGCCUGCAAGUACCCCGGUCGGACUUCAACUUUAGUUACUCAAUGAGAGGGGGCAGCACUGAGCUAGCCUGCAAUGUCACUUCCUGGAGUAGCUCAAACUGCUCAUGCUAUGUCUCCAUGAGACGCCAUCUUAACCAACUUAAUUUGGCUUCAAUGCGCUAUUGAGUCUUCACAUAGGAAUGAAUGGUGUCACGUGAUCGAUGGCUUUGUCCAUUCAUAUAUACAGUCAUUGCCCCUCAUAAGUAUACAGCAAAUGGAAUCUUUGCUAAUGAGCUCAGUGACCAUUGUCCCGUUGACUUCAUAAGAGAUGUUAAGAUACCUAAAUCUCGCCCACACAUUAUUACAAAGAUACAUUUUUGGAAUUGUACAGUUUGGAAUUGUACAAUUGUACAGUUGCUUUAAAUUUCACAACUCUUAGUACAAAACUCAAAACAGAUCAUCAAAAAGGCUGUUUUUUCAAAACUUUCAAAAUCUAAAUAAAAAGUAUGAUACAUGAUAACCAUACAUAAUGACUACUUGUUAUUGCUAAUUGAUUUCACAUAGUGAUAACCACAAUUGGUCACCAUAUAAAAGGGUGUGUGUGAACACUUGCAAUUUCUUUCAACAUGGAGCAGGACAGACAGCAAGGGAGAGGAAUAAAUCAAAGAGCUCAUGGACAAGGGGCCCAUCAGAGAGGUGGGCAUGGGCCCCAUCAAAGAGGUUAAAGAGGUGUGUAUGGGCCCCGUCAAAGAGGUCAAAGAGGUGGGCAUGGGCCCCGUCAAAGAGGUGGACAUCAGAUAGAGGGAGGCAGACGGCAGGGAACUGUUGUGUCUAUUGAAGUCCGGGCCAUCAUCAUUGACCAUGUGGUAAACAGAGGCCUUACCAUGGCAGAGGCUGCCAGAUUAGUUCACCCCAAUCUGAAAAGAUCAACUGUCAAUUCGAUCAUGAGAACAUUUCGCCAAGAAAAACCGGUAAGUCUACAGGAGAUGCACUAUGCUUUACCAUUAGAUUUAUAGUCAAUUACAUAUUGUAAUGGAUGUAAAUUCACAAAACAUGUUACAGUAUUCUUACAGUAUGACCUAUUGACAGUUCUACCCUCAGAAUUGACAGAAGACCCCAUGGUGGUGGCUGCAACUGUGUGCUGACCAACCAACAGGAGUGGGCAGUGGUGGAAAUGGUGAGGGCCAGGAAUGACAUACGGCUGUCCGAAAUAAAGCAAGCUAUUGAGGAGAACGAUGACACUUUGGCCAAUGUGGCAUCCAUCAGCCGACCAACAAUCGCCCGCCUUUUGAAAUGGCACCAGGUGUCUAUGAAAUACAUUUACCUGGGGCCUUUUGAGAGAAACAAUGACCAGGUGAAACAAUUGCGGGCCAGGUAUGUUCAGGUACAACACUAUAUACUGUAUUACUGUUACUAUUUGAUGCACAUGCUACUUCACAAUAUCAUAUUGGAACUAUAUUAUAUAACUAAACUAACCAAAAUAUAUUUUUAGAGGGUGAUGGUAUUGGAUUAACUGGUAGUUAAAACGACUAAAUGGAAAAGAUAUCAUUAUGUUGUGCUUUGGUGAUUAAAUCAAUGUUAUCAUUACAUUUCACAAUGCACUUAUAUUUUGAAUCAAUGGUUGUGUGGUAAGAGAUGUUUACAAUCCAAAUUAAUGCACAAUGACACGUUUUGAAUGAAAGACUUGCUGCGUUACAAUUGUGACCAGUUUGGAGUUUUGUACUAAGAGUUGUGAAAAUGUGCCACAUACUUGUGAACAUAGUACCAAAGCCAUUAAAAAAAGCUGUAAUGAGCAACAUUUAUUUUCUGACCCGGGGUUAUUUGACUUGGGGGGCUGUGUCAUCUAUCUCUCUGAGUUGGAUCAGGCCCUUAAUUGUUUUACCACUCUGUUUAAUGCUGUUGCAGAUAAGCAUGCUCCGUAUAAAAAAAACAAGAGUAAAGGACAGAUCUAAUCCUUGGUUCAAGCAUUAAUUGUCUUAGAAACUUCGGGAAAUAAAUAUGGGCUAAGGCUGAUUGGAAGUUCUUCAGACAUUUGAGAAAUAAAUGUCUAUCUCUGGUUAGAAAAGCAAAAUCGACAUACAGUGCAUUCGGAAAGUAUUCAGACCCCUUCACUUUUUCCACAUUUUGUUACGUUACAGCCUCAUUCUAAAAUUGAUUAAAUAUAUUUUUUUCCUCAUCGACCUACACACAAUACCCUAUAAUGUCAAAGAAAAUAGAGGUUUGUAGAAUAUUUUGCAAAGUUAUUAAAAAUACAUAACUGAAAAAUCACGUUACAUAACUAUUCAGACCCUUUACUCAGUACUUUGUUGAAGCACCUUUGGCAGCGAGUACAUCCUCAAGUCGCUACAAGCUUGGCACACCUGUAUUUGGGGAGUUUCUCCCAUUCUUCUCUGCAGAUCCUCUCAAACUCUAUCAGGUUGAAUGGGGAGAGUCGCUGCACAGCUAUUUUCAGGUCUCUCCAGAGAUGUUUGAUCGGGUUCAAGUCCGGGCUCUGGUUGGGCCACUCAGAGACUUGUCCCGAAGCCACUCCUGCGUUGUCUUGGCUGUGUGCUUAGGGUUGUUGUCCUGUUGGAAGGUGAACCUUUGCCCCUGUCUGAGGUCCUGAGAGCUCUGGAGCAGGUUUUCAUCAAGGAUCUCUCUGUACUUUGCUCCGUUCAUCUUUCCCUCGAUCCUGACUAGUCUCCCAGUCCCUGCCACUGAAAAACAUCCCCACAGCAUGAUGCUGCCACCACCAUACUUCACCGUAGGAAUGGUGCCAGGUUUCCUCCAGACGUGACGCUUGGCAUUUAGGCCAAAGAGUUCAAUCUUGGUUUCAUCAGGCCAGGGAAUCUUGUUUCUCAUGGUUAAAUCAAAUAAAAUCAAAUUGUAUUUGCUACAUGCGCCGAAUACAACAGGUGUAGACAUUACAGUGAAAUGCUUACUUACAGCCCUUAACCAACAAUGCAGUUAAGAAAAUAAAAAGUGUUAAGUAAGAAAUAAAAAUAAAAUAAAAAAUAGAACAAUUAAAGAGCAGCAGUAAAAUAAAAUCACAGUAGCGAGGCUAUAUACAGUGAGGGAAAAAAGUAUUUGAUCCCCUGCUGAUUUUGUACGUUUUCCCACUGACAAAGACAUGAUCAGUCUAUAAUAUUAAUAGUAGGUUUAUUUGAACAGUGAGAGACAGAAUAACAACAAAAAAAUCCAGAAAAACCCAUGUCAAAAAAGUUCUAAAUUGAUUUGCAUUUUAAUGAGGGAAAUAAGUAUUUGACCCCUCUGCAAAACAUGACUUAGUACUUGGUGGCAAAACACUUGUUGGCAAUCACAGAGGUCAGACGUUUCUUGUAGUUGGCCACCAGGUUUGCACACAUCUCAGGAGGGAUUUUGUCCCACUCCUCUUUGCAGAUCUUCUCCAAGUCAUUAAGGUUUUGAGCCUGACGUUUGGCAACUCGAACCUUCAGCUCCCUCCACAGAUCUUCUAUGGGAUUAAGGUCUGGAGACUGGCUAGGCCACUCCAGGACCUUAAUGUGCUUCUUCUUGAGCCACUCCUUUGUUGCCUUGGCCGUGUGUUUUGGGUCAUUGUCAUGCUGGAAUACCCAUCGACGACCCAUUUUCAAUGCCCUGGCUGAGGGAAGGAGGUUCUCACCCAAGAUUUGACAGUACAUGGCCCCGUCCAUCAUCCCUUUGAUGCGGUGAAGUUGUCCUGUCCCCUUAGCAGAAAAACACCCCCAAAGCAUAAUUUUUCCACCUCCAUGUUUGACGGUGGGGAUGGUGUUCUUGGGGUCAUAGGCAGCAUUCCUCCUCCUCCAAACAUGGCGAGUUGAUGCCAAAGAGCUCGAUUUUGGUCUCAUCUGAUCACAACACUUUCACCCAGUUCUCCUCUGAAUCAUUCAGAUGUUCAUUGGCAAACUUCAGACGGGCCUGUAUAUGUGCUUUCUUGAGCAGGGGGACCUUGCGGGCGCUGCAGGAUUUCAGUCCUUGACGGCGUAGUGUGUUACCAAUUGUUUUCUUGGUGACUAUGGUCCCAGCUGCCUUGAGAUCAUUGACAAGAUCCUCCCGUGUAGUUCUGGGUUGAUUCCUCACCAUUCUCAUGAUCAUUGCAACUCCACGAGGUGAGAUCUUGCAUGGAGCCCCAGGCCGAGGGAGAUUGACAGUGUUUUGUGUUUCUUCCAUUUGCAAAUAAUCGAACCAACUGUUGUCACCUUCUCACCAAGCUGCUUGGCGAUGGUCUUGUAGCCCAUUCCAGCCUUGUGUAGGUCUACAAUCUUGUCCCUGACAUCCUUGGAGAGCUCUUUGGUCUUGGCCAUGGUGGAGAGUUUGGAAUCUGAUUGAUUGAUUGCUUCUGUGGACAGGUGUCUUUUAUACAGGUAACAAACUGAGAUUAGGAGCACUCCCUUUAAGAGUGUGUUCCUAAUCUCAGCUCGUUACCUGUAUAAAAGACACCUGGGAGCCAGAAAUCUUUCUGAUUGCGAGGGGGUCAAAUACUUAUUUCCCUCAUUAAAAUGCAAAUCAAUUUAUAACAUUUUUGACAUGCGUUUUUCUGGAUGUUUUUGUUGUUAUUCUGUCUCUCACUGUUCAAAUAAACCUACCAUUAAAAUUAUAGACUGAUCAUUUCUUUGUCAGUGGGCAAACGUACAAAAUCAGCAGGGGAUCAAAUACUUUUUUCCCUCACUGUACAGGGUGUACCGGUACAUUUUAAAAUUUAAAAUUUUAGUCAUUUAAAAAAACCGCUCUAAUCCAGAGUGAUUUACAGUUAGUGAGUGCAUACAUUUUAUAUACUGGCCCCCCGUGGGAAUCAAACCCACAACCCCGACGUUACAAGCGCCGUGCUCUACCAACUGAGCUAUAGGAGGGACUAUAGUCAAUGUGGUACAGAGUCAAUGUGUUAAUGUGCGGGGGCACUGGUUAGUCGAGGUAAUUGAGGUAAUAUGUACAUGUGGGUAGAGUUAAAGUGACUAUGCAUAAAUAAUAAACAGAGUAGUAGCAGCAUCCUAAAAGGUUGGGUUGGGGUGGGGGGGGGGGGGCAAUGCAAAUAGUCUGGGUAGCCAUAAUUAGCUGUUCAGAAGUGUUAUGGCUUGUGGGUAGAAGCUGUUAAGAAGCCUUUUGGACCUAGACUUGGCACUCCGGUACCGCUUUCCGUGUGGUAGCAGAGAGAACAGUCUAUGACUAGGGUGGCUGGACUGUUUGAUAAUUUUUAGGGCCUUCCUCUGACACCUCCUGGUAUAGAGGUCCUGAAUGGCAGGACGCUUGUCCCCAUACGCACCACCCUCUGUAGUGCCUUGCGGUCGGAGGCCGAGCAGUUGCCAUACCAGGUGGUGAUGCAACCAGUCAGGAUGCUCUCGAUGGUGCAGCUGUAGAACUUUUUGAGGAUCUGAGGACCCAUGCCAAAUCUUUUCAGUCUCCUGAGGGGGAAUAGGCUUUGUCGUGCCCUCUUCACGACUGUCUUGGUGUGUUUGGAAAAUUAUAGUUUGUUGGUGAUGUGGACACCAAGGAACUUGAAGCUCUCAACAUGUUCUACUACAGCCCCGUCGAUGAGAAUGGGGGUGUGCUCAGCCCUCUUUCACAAUCAUCUCCUUUGUCUUGAUCACGUUGAGGGAGAGGUUGCUAUCCUGGCACCACACGGCCAGGUUUCUGACCACCUCUCUAUUUGCUGUCUCAUCGUUGUCGGUGAUCAGGCCUACCACUGUUGUGUCGUCGGCAAACUUAAUGAUGGUGUUGGAGUCGUGCCUGGCCAUGCAAUCAUGGGUGAACAGGGAGUACAGGAGGGGACUGAGCACGCACCCCUGAGGGGCCUCUGUUUUGAGGAUCAGCGUGGCAGAUGUGUUGUUACCUACCCUUACCACCUGGGGGCGGCCCGUCAGGAAGUCCAGGAUCCAGUUGCAGAGGGAGGUGUUUAGUCCCAGGGUCCUUAGCUUAGUGAUGAGCUUUGAGGGCACUAUGGUGUUGAAUACUGAGCUGUAGUCUAUGAAUAGCAUUCUCACGUAGGUGUUCCUCUUGUCCAGGUGGGAAAGGGCAGUGUGGAGUGCAAUAGAGAUGGCAUCAUCUGUGGAUCUGUUGGGGCAGUAUGCAAAUUGGAGUGGGUCUAGGGUUUCUGUAAUAAUGGUGUUGAUGUGAGCCAUGACCAGCCUUUCAAAGCACUUCAUGGCUACAGACGUGAGUGCUACGGAGUAGUAGUCAUUUAGGCAGGUUAUCUUAGUGUUCUUGGGCACAGGGUCUAUGGUGGUCUGCUUGAAACAUGUUGGUAUUAGAGACUCAGUCAGGGACAUGUUGAAAAUGUCAGUGAAGACACUUGCCAGUUGGUCAGCGCAUGCACGGAGUACACGUCCUGGUAAUCCAUCUGGCCCUGCGGUACAUUUUUACAUUUUAAAUUUUAGUCAUUUAGCAGACGCUCUUAUCCAGAGUGACUUACAGUUAGUGAGUGCAUACAUUUUGCCUCAGCUGGUCACCUUUUUUAAAGUUCCUCUAUUUUCUCUAGAGGGAGUUUCUUUAACUCAAUAUAGAUUGUAGAGAAUGAUGUACUCCCAGUCACAUAAUCUUCUUUAUUUUCAUUUCAACCAUUUUAUAUCUAUGAUGUAUUUAGUGCCUUACUAUAGAUCGUCGUACCAAAAAAUCCACAGGGGCUGAUUCACUUGAACACUUCUUAUUACAGCUCUCUGCCCCACUCGUUGUUGAAUCUUUAACCUGUAUUUUUAACUUGACAAUUGCUACCGGUAUUAUCCCUAAGAUCUGGAAAGUGGCACGUCCUCCGCCUACAUAAGGGCGGAGAUCCUUCUGACGUAGAUAACUACCGCCCAAUCUCCAAGUUAUCUUGCCUAGCCAAGGUAUUAGAAUCCCUGACCAACUCCCAGCUAAUAACUUUUUUAAACUUCUCACUCUAUUCUAAAUGUGUACCAGUCUGGUUUUACAGUAGAUCUGGACAUAGCACUGUUUCAACCACUAUGCUGGUUUUAGAUGAUGUUUUAAAUUGCAUAGAUCAUAAGAAUCAUUGUGAUGCCUUAUUUAUAAACCUUUCCAAUGCUUUCAACACCGUUGAUCAUUUCCUACUCAUUCAAAGACUGUCUGAAAUGGGCCUGGAUCAGGAGUCGUUUUUUGUUACAUUACAGAAAGUGAUGUAACAAAAUAAAUAUACGCAUGUUGUUCUGUAAUUCACGCAUAAAUGUCUCAGAUGAACUACAUAUUUAUUCAUUGGAUGAUUCUGUCAUCAAGCAGGUUCCCGCCUAUAAAUAGCUGGGCGUUUGGAUCAAAAAAGAUCUAAUGUUUAAAAAACGGAAUCAAUGGCUCAGCUGUAAGUAGGGCUGAGUCAUGAAAAUUCCUGGCGACCAUCACCUCCCACAACCUCAAGUGAACAUCACACCACUACUAAUGACGCUAUUUACAAGGGGUACCAGUACCGAGUCAAGGUGCAGGGUUACGGGGUAGUCGAGAUAAUUGAACAGAGAGUAGCAGCGUAUCUGAAGAGUGUGAAGGAAUGUGAUUGUGUAUGUGUGAGUGUUUUUUUUUUUUUACUAUCCUUGUGGGUACCAGAAGUCCUCAAAAGGAUAGUAAAACAAGGGACAUUUGGACAAGUGGGGACAUUUUGCCAGUCCCCAUGAGGAAAAAUGCUAUUUUAGGUUCAGGGGCUAGGUUUAGGGCUAGGGUUACAAUUAGGGUUAGAAUUAAGGUUGAGGUUAGGGGUUAUGGUUAGGUUUAGGGUUAGGGUUAGGAGUUAGGGUUAGGUAUAGUUUUAGAGUUAGUGGUUUGUGGUUAAGGUUAGGCUUAGGGUUCAGUUUAGGGCUAUGGUUAGGUUAAGGGUUAAGGUUAAGGUUAAGGUUAGGGUUAGGGUUAGGGUUAGCAAUAGAUUUAGGGUUAGGGGUUAGGGAAAAUAGGAUUUUGGAUGGGAAUCUAUUAUUUGGUCCCCACAAGGAUAGCAAUACAAUCUGUAUGUGUGUGUGUUUCAUUGUCAGUGUAGUAUGUGUGAGUGUGUGGUUAGAGUCCAGUGAGUGUACAUAGAGCCUGUGAAAUAGAUUCAGUGCAAAACAAUAUAAUAAAUACAGUGAACAAAAAUAUAACUGCUACAGGUAAAAUGUUGGUCCCAUGUUUCAGACGCACAAACAGCUUAUUUCUCUCAAAUGUUGUGCACAAAUGUGUAUUUCAUCCAUGUUAGUGAGCAUUUCUCCUUUGCCAAGAUAAUCCAUCCACCUGACAGGUGUGGCAUAUCAAGAAGCUGAUUAAAUGGCAUAAUCAUUACACAGAUGCACCUUGUGCUGGGUACAAUAAAAGGCCACUCGAAAAUGUGCAGUUAUGUCACACAACACAAUGCCACAGAUGUCUCAAGUUUUGAGGGAUCGUGCAAUUGGCAUAUCGAAUGCAGGAAUGUCCAACAGAGCUGUUGCCAGAGAAUUGAAUGUUAAUUUCUCUACCAUAAGCACCUCCAACGUAAUUUUAGAAAAUUUGGCAAUACGUCCAACCGGCCUCACAACCGCAGACCACGUGUAUGGCGUGGUUUGGGCGAGCAGUUGGCUGAUGUUAACAUUGUGAACAAAGUACCCCAUGGUGAAGUGGGGUUAUGGUGUGGGCAGGCAUAAGCUAAGGACAAUGAACAUAAUUGCAUUUUAUCAAUGGCAAUUUGAAUGCACAGAGAUACCGUGACGAGAUCCUGAGGUCCAUUGUCGUGGCGUUCAUCCGCCGCAAUCACCUCAUGUUUCAGCAUGAUAAUGCACGGCCCCAUGUCGCAAGGAUCUGUACACAAUUCCUGGAAGCUGAAAAUGUCCCAGUUCUUCCAUGGCCUACAUACUCACCAGACAUGUCACCCAUUGAGCAUGUUUGGGAUGCUCUGGAUCAACUUGUAGGACAGCGUGUUCAAGUUCCCACCAAUACACAUGAACUUCGCACAGAAGUGAAGAGGGGUGGGACAGGGCUUAGUGAUGGGAUGUAUAGACAAUAUGGACAGAAUAUGUAAUAUAUGUGAAGAAUACUAUAUGAACAGCAAUAGUUAAAUAGGAUAGGCCUUGACUACUAUAUAGUAUAUACAUAUGAAGUGGGUAAACCAGAAUGUAAACAUUAUUAAAGUGACCAGUGUUCCAUUAUUAAAGUGACCGGUGUUCCAUGACUAUGUACAUAGGGCAGCAGCCUCUAAGGUGCAUUGUAGCCAGCUAGUGACAGUGACUAAAAUUCAGGGAAGGGUACUGGGCGGGGACCUGCUAGUCUGAUGGCAUUGAGAUAGAAGCUGUUUUUCAGUCUUUCAGUCUCUUGGUCCCAGCUUUGAUGCACCUGUACAGACCUCGCCUUCUGGAUGGUAGCGGGGUGAACAGGCUGUGGCUCGGGUGGCUGAGGUUCUUCAUGAUCUUCUUGGCCUUUCUGUGACACCGGGUGCUCUAGAUGCCCUGUAGGGCGGGCAGUGUGCCCCCGGUGAUGUGUUGGGCAAACCGCACCACCCUCUGGAGAGCCCUGCGGUUGCGGACGGUGCAGUUGUCGUACCAGGCGGUGAUACAUCCCGACAGGAUGCUCUCAAUGGUGCAUCUGUAAAAGUUUGUGAGGGUCUUAGGGGCCAAGCCGAAUUUCUUCAACCUCCUGAGGUUGAAGAGGCGCUGUUGCGCCUUCUUCACCACACUGUCUGUGUGGGUGGACCAUUUCAGAUUGUCAGUGAUGUGUACGCAGAGGAACUUUAAACUUUUCACCUUCUCCACUGCAGCCCCGUUGUUGUGGAUGGGGGCGUGCUCCCUCUACUGUCUCCUGAAGUCCACGAUCAGCUCCUUCGUUUUGUUGACGUUGAGAUGAUUUUCCUGGCACCACUCUGCCAGGGCCCCCACCUCCUCCCUGUAGACUGUCUCGUCGUUUUUGGUAAUCAGGACUACCACUGUUGUGUCAUCUGCAAACUUGGUGAUUGAGUUGAAGUCAUAGGUGAACAGGGAGUACAGGAGGGGGCUGAGCAUGCACCCUUGUGGGGCCCUUGUGUUAGGAUCAGCAUAGUGGAGGUGUUGUUGCCUACCUUCACCACCUGGGGGCGGCCCUUCAGGAAGUCCAGGACCUAGUUGCACAGGGCAGGGUUCAGACCCAGUGAAUAGGGCAGUGGCUCUAGGGUGAAAGGGCAGUGUGCAGUGCGAUGGCGAUUGCGUCAUCAGUGAAUCUAUUGGGGCGGUAUGCAAAGGUUAACACGCUUAAAUGUCUUACUCACAUCGGCCACGGAGAACGAGAGCUCACAGUACACGGGAGCGACGGUGGCCCGGGUCGACGGCACUCUAUUUCCCUCAAAGCUGGCAAAGAAGGUAUUUCGCUUGUCUGAGAGCAACACGUCAGUGUCCACGAAGUGGCUGGUUUUCCUUUUAUAAUCUGUGAUUGUCUGGAGUCCCUGCCAUAUACGUCUUGUGUCUGAGCCGUUGAAUUGCAACUCCACUUUGUCUCUGUACUGACAUUGUGAUUGCCUUACAGAGGUCAUAACUGGACUAUUUGUGCUUUCAGUUUUGCGUGAAUGCUUUCAUCUAUCCACGGUUUUUGGUUUGGAUAAGUUUUAAUCGUCACAGUAGGAACAACAUCCCCUAAAGUGAGGGAAAAAGGUAUUUGAUCCCCUGCUGAUUUUGUACGUUUGCCCACUGUCAAAGACAUGAUCAGUCUAUCAUUUUAAUGGUAGGUUUAUUUGAACAGUGAGAGACAGAAUAACAACAACAAAAAUCCAGAAAAACGCAUGUCAAAAAUAUUAUAAAUUGAUUUGCAUUUUAAUGAGGGAAAUAAGUAUUUGACCCCUCUGCAAAACAUGACUUAGUACUUGGUGGCAAAACCCUUGUUGGCAAUCACAGAGGUCAGACGUUUCUUGUAGUUGGCCACCAGGAUUGCACACAUCUCAGGAGGGAUUUUGUUCCACUCCUCUUUGCAGAUCCUCUCCAAAUCAUUAAGGUUUCGAGGCUGAUGUUUGGCAACUCGAACCUUCAGCUCCCUCAACAGAUUUUCUAUGGGAUUAAGGUCUGGAAACUGGCUAGGCAACUCCAGGACCUUAAUGUGCUUCUUCUUGAGCCACUCCUUUGUUGCCUAUGCCGUGUGUUUUGGGUCACUGUCAUGCUGGAAUAACCAUCCACGACCCAUUUUCAAUGCCCUGGCUGAAGGAAAGACGUUCUCAUCCAAGAUUUGACGGUACAUGGCUACCAUUAAAAUUAUAGACUGAUCAUUUCUUUGUCAGUGGGCAAACUUACAAAAUCAGCAGGGGAUCAAAUACUUUUUUCCCUCACUGUAUACACUUCCUGAUGAACUCAGUCACCAUGUCAGUGUGUACGUCAAUGUUAUACUCAGAACUACUUCCAAGAUGGCGUAGUAGUGCAGUUCUGUUUUUGUCGUGUGUCUGUAAAUAGCCUGUAAAUACCCUGUUUUUUUUGUAUUUUUCAUACAUAUUUCCCUAUCAGACUUUUCAUCCUUCUACAAAAUAUACUUUUCCUGCAACCCGCCUCACUCAAUGUGGAACGGAUUCUAUUAUUGACUUACCUUUUAUCUAGAAUCUCCAGUUGAAACUAGCUAGCCAGCUAACUAGCUACUUGCUAUUAGCCACAGUCAGCGGUAUUUCACCCAGAACAUUGGAUUUUUUUUCUGCGGGAUUAAUUCAAUCACUGGACAUUAAUCACCGGAUCGCAACUAGCUAGCCGCAACCGAAUGGAUGUUGCUGUCUAGCUAAUCACCACUGCCCCCGAUGCAAGCACCAGUUAGCCUCGAGCUAGCCUAGAUCCAGGCUCAUAUAUACCUCUAGGUGUACCGGACGGGAGUAGCCAGCUAACUAGCUACUUGCUAUCAGCUACCGUUAGCGGUUUUUCACCAUUGUCCGUGGCCUGCACCACUCACCAGCCAGCUCUAGUCUGGACUAUUAUUCGGCCAGUCUGCACAGCGCGUUAUCGACCCAGAACAUAUCAGUUUUUCUGCUGGAAUCACUGAAUCACUGGACCUUUAACUCCGGAUUCAUCGCUACCAGCUAGCUGCAACAAAAUGGACGCUGUGGUCUGGCUAAUCAUCCUGAGCUAGGCCCAUCUCCCGGCUAUCUACCUCUCUGUCAACCGGACGGGACCACCUAGUGUUGACACGGAGCCCCGCCGAUCCUACACGACUGGUCUGCAGACGAAAUCGUCUGAUGUGGUUACGACGUCGACCACGAAGAUUCCAUCUGCUAGCCCCGGCCCGCUAGCACACGCUAGCCGUGGCCUCUUACUCGCUAGUGCUUUAGCAGCCUCCGAACUAUCCUAUUGCUGUUCACCGGACCUUAUGAUAACUCAGCUAUGCAGCUGAUGUCUGCUGGACUGUUCCUUUUUACGGUACUACAUCCUGUUUAUGUUUAGCCUCAGCCCAAACAUGGUUAGCUUAUUGUUGUUUCGGUUAUUUCUAAUUGUACUAUUUCACUGUAGAUCCCCCAGCCCAGCUAAACCUGCCUUAGAUAGCUCCUUUGUCCCACCCCCCAUACACGCGGAGACCGACUCAAUUGGUGCCUCCAGUGAUGCUAUCUCUUUCAUUGUUACCCAACGCUUAGGUUUACCUCCACUUUACUCAUAUCCUUCCAUAUCCUUGUCUGUACAUAAUGCCCUGAAUCUUUUCUACAACACCCGGAAAUCUGCCCCCUUUAUUCUAUGUACCCAACGCACUAGAAGACCAGUUCUUAAAGCCUUUAGCCGUAUCCUUAUUCUAGUCCUCCUCUGUUCCUCUGGUGAUGUAGAGGCUAACCCAGGCCCUGCAGCCCUCAGUAUCACUCCUACUCCCCAGGCGCUAUCAUUUGCUGACUUCUGUAAUCGCAAAAGUCUUGGUUUCUUGCACGUAAAUAUCAGAAGUCUACUUCCUAAGUUUGAGUUAUUCACUGCGUUAGCACACUCCGCCAACCCUGAUGUUCUAGCAGUGUCUGAACCCUGGCUCAGGAAGGCCACCAAAAAUUCUGAAAUUUCCAUCCCCAACUAUAACAUUUUCCGUCUAGAUAGAACUGCCAAAGGGGGUGGAGUUGCAAUCUACUGUAGAGAUAGCCUGCAGAGCUCUAUCAUACUAUCCAGGUCUGUGCCCAAACAGUUUGAGCUUCUACUUCUAAAAAUCCACCUUUCCAGAAAUAAGUCUCUCACUGUUGCCGCUUGCUACAGACCCCCCUCAGCCCCCAGCUGUAUCCUGGACACCAUAUGUGAAUUGAUUGCCCCCCAUUUAUCCUCAGAGUUCGUACUGCUUGGUGACCUAAAUUGGGAUAUGCUUAAUACCCCGGCCAUCCUACAAUCCAAACUAGAUGCCCUCAAUCUCACGCAAAUUAUCAAUGAACCUACCAGGUACAACCCUAAAUCUGUAAACAUGGGUACCCUCAUAGAUAUCAUCCUGACUAACAUACCCUCUAAAUACACCUCAGCUGUCUUCAACCAGGAUCUCAGCGAUCACUGCCUUAUUGCCUGCGUCCGUAACAGGUCUGCGGUCAAACGACCACCCCUCAUCACUGUCAAACGCUCCCUAAAACACUUUAGCGAGCAGGCCUUCCUAAUUGACCUGGCCCAGGUAUCCUGGAUGGAUAUAGAUCUCAUUCCGUCAGUAGAGGAUGCCUGGUUGUUCCUUAAAAGUAAUUUCCUCUCAAUCUUAAAUAAACAUGCCCCAUUCAAAAAAUACAGAACUAAGAACCAAUAUAGCCCCUGGUUCUCCUCAGACUUGACUGCUCUUGACCAGCACAAAAACAUCCUGUGGCGUACUGCAUUAGCAUCAAAUAGCCCCCGCGAUAUGCAACUUUUCAGGGAAGUUAGGAACCAAUAUACACAAGCAGUCAGGAAAGCAAAGGCUAACUUUUUCUAACAGAAAUUUGCAUCCUGUAGCACUAACUCCAAAAAGUUUUGGGACACUGUAAAGUCCAUGGAGAAUAAGAGCACUUCCUCCCAGUUGCCCACUGCACUGAGGCUUGGAAACAAUAUCACCACCGAUAAAUCUACAAUAAUCGAGAAUUUCAACAAACAUUUUGCUACAGCUGGCCAUGCUUUCCAUCUGGCUACCACUACCCCGGCCACCAACUCUGCACCCUCCGCUGCAACUUGCCCAUGCCCCCCCCCGCUUCUCCUUCACACAAAUUCAGACAGCUGAUGUUCUGAAAGAGCUGCAAAAUCUGUACCCCUACAAAUCAGCUGGGCUAGACAAUCUGGACCCUUUCUUUCUAAAACUAGCCGCCGAAAUUGUCUCAACCCCUAUUACUAGUCUGUUCAACCUCUCUUUCAUAACGUCUGAGAUCCCCAGAGAUUGGAAAGCUGCCGCGGUCAUCCCCCUCUUCAAAGGGGGUGACACUCUAGAUCCAAACUGCUACAGACCUAUAUCCAUCCUGCCCUGCCUUUCGAAAGUAUUUGAAAGCCAAGUUAACAAACAGAUCACCGACCAUUUCGAAUACCACCAUACCUUCUCCGCUAUGCAAUCCGGUUUCCGAGCUGGUCAUGGGUGCACUUCAGCCACGCUCAAGGUCCUAAACGAUAUUAUAACCGCGAUUGAUAAUAGACAGUACUGUGCAGCCGUCUUCAUCGACCUGGCCAAGGCUUUCGACUCUGUCAACCACCGCAUUCUUAUUGGCAGACUAAAUAGCCUUGGUUUCUCAAAUGACUGCCUCGCCUGGUUCACCAACUACUUCUCAGAUAGAGUUCAGUGUGUCAAAUCGGAGGGCCUGUUGUCUGGACCUAUGGCAGUCUCUAUGGGGCCGACACUUUUCUCCGUGUAUAUCAAUGAUGUCGCUCUUGCUGCUGGUGACUCUCAGAUCCACCUCUACGCAUACGACACUAUUUUGUAUACAUCUGGCCCUUCAUUGGACACUGUGUUAACAAACCUCCAAAUGAGCUUCAAUGCCAUACAACACUCCUUCAGUAGCCUCCAACUGCUCUUAAACACUAGUAAAACGAAAUGUAUGCUUUUCAAUCGAACGCUGCUGGCACCCGCCCACCCGACUAGAAUCACGACUCUCGACGGGUCUGACCUAGAGUAUGUGGACAACUACAAAUACCUAGGUGUCUGGUUAGACUGUAAACUCUCCUUCCAGACUCACAUAAAGAAUCUCCAAUCCAAAGUUAAAUCUAGAAUCGGCUUCCUAUUUCGCAACAAAGCCUCCUUCACUCAUGCUGCCAAACAUGCCCUCGUAAAACUGACUAUCCUACCGAUCCUUGACUUCGGCGAUGUCAUUUACAAAAUAGCCUCCAACACUCUACUCAGCAAACUGGAUGUAGUCUAUCACAGUGCCAUCCGUUUUGUCUCCAAAGCCCCAUACACUACCCACCACUGUGACCUGUACGCUCUUGUUGGCUGGUCCUCACUACAUGUUCGUCGUCAAACCCACUGGCUCCAGGCCAUCUAUAAAUCACUGCUAGGCAAAUCCCCGCCUUAUCUUAGCUCAUUGGUCACCAUAGCAGCACCCACCCGUAGUCUGCGCUCCAGCAGGUAUAUCUCACUGGUCAUUCCCAAAGCCAACACCUCCUUUGGCCGCCAUUCCUUCCAGUUCUCUGCUGUCAAUGACUGGAACGAAUUGCAAAAAUCUCUGAAGCUGGAGACUCUUAUCUCCCUCACUAACUUUAAGCAUCAGUUGUCAGAGCACCUUACCGAUCACUGCACCUGUACACAGCCCAUCUGAAAUUAGCCCACCCAACUACCUCAUCCCUAUAUUGUUAUUUAUUUUGCUCUUUUGCACCCCAGUAUCUCUAUUUGCACAUAAUCUCUUGCACAUCUAGCAUUCCAGUGUUAAUACUAAUUGUAAUUAUGUUGCACUAUAGCCUAUUUAUUGCCUUACCUCCAUAACUUGCUACAUUUGCACACACUGUAUUUAUUUUCUGUUGUAUUUUUUGACUUUAUGUUUUUUUACCCCAUAUGUAACUCUGUGUUGUUGUUUUUAUCGCACUGCUUUGCUUUAUCUUGGCCAGGUCACAGUUGUAAAUGAGAACUUGUUCUCAACUGGCUUACCUGGUUAAAUAAAGGUUAAAUAAAAAAUAAAUAAAAUAAAAAUGUCAGUGUGUACGUCAAUGUUAUACUCAGAAGUAACCCAGAACAUAUCCCAGUCCGCGUGAUCAAAACAAUCUUGAAGCAUGGAUUCUGAUAGGUUAGACCAGCGUUGAACAGUCCUUACCACGGGUACUUCCUGUUUGAGUUUCUGCCUAUAGGAAGGGAGGGGCAGGAUGGAGGCGUGAUCUGAUUUGCCGAAGAGAGGGUGGGGGAGGGCUUUGUAGCCGUCCCGGAAGAGAGAGUAGCAAUGGUCGAGAGUUCUUGAAGCGUGAGUGACGCAGGCAAUGUGUUGAUUAAACUUGCAACAUUUUCCUCAGAUUUGCUUUAAUAAAGUCCCCAGUUACAAUAAAUGUGGCCUCAGGAUAUGCAGUUUCCAGUUUGUACAAAGUCCAGUGUAGUUCCUUUUUGAGCCGUCAUGGUAUCGGCUUGAGGGGGAAUAUACAGGUCUGUGACCAUGACUGAAAAUAAUUAUCUCGGGAGGUAAUGCGGUCAGCAUUUGAUUGUGAGUUAUUCUAGGCCGGGUGAACAAAAAGACUUCAGUUCCUGUACAUUACCACAAUCACACCAUGAGUAGUUAAUCAUGAAACAAACACCUCCGACUUUCUUUUUCCCAGAGAGUUCUUUAUUCCUGACUGCGCAAUGUACUGAGAACCCAGCUGGCUGUGUGAACGGGGACAGUAUAUCCGGAGAAAGCCAUGAUUCCGUGAAACAGAAUAUUUUACAGUCCUAGAUGUCUCUCUGGAAGGAGAUCCUCGCCCUGAGCUCAUCUACUUUAUUGUCCAGGGACUGCACAUUGGUGAGUAAUAUACACUGCUCAAAAAAAUAAAGGGAACACUUAAACAACACAAUGUAAUUCCAAGUCAAUCACACUUCUGUGAAAUCAAACUGUCCACUUAGGAAGCAACACUGUUUGACAAUAAAUUUCACAUGCUGUUGUGCAAAUGGAAUAGACAACAGGUGGAAAUUAUAGGCAAUUAGCAAGACACCCCCAAUAAAGGAGUGCAGGUGGUGACCACAGACCACUUCUCAGUUCCUAUGCUUCCUGGCUGAUGUUUUGGUCACUUUUGAAUGCUGGCGGUGCUUUCACUCUAGUGGUAGCAUGAGACGGAGUCUACAACCCACACAAGUGGCUCAGGUAGUGCAGCUCAUCCAGCUUGGCACAUCAAUGCGAGCUGUGGCAAGAAGGUUUGCUGUGUCUGUCAGCGUAGUGUCCAGAGCAUGGAGGCGCUACCAGGAGACAGGCCAGUACAUCAGGAGACGUGGAGGAGGCCGUAGGAGGCCAACAACCCAGCAGCAGGACCGCUACCUCCGCCUUUGUGCAAGGAGGAGCAGGAGGAGCACUGCCAGAGCCCUGCAAAAUGACCUCCAGCAGGCCACAAAUGUGCAUGUGUCUGCUCAAAAGGUCAGAAACAGACUCCAUGAGGGUGGUAUGAGGGCCCGACGUCCACAGGUGGGGGUUGUGCUUACAGCCCAACACCGUGCAGGACGUUUGGCAUUUGCCAGAGAAUACCAAGAUUGGCAAAUUCGCCACUGGCGCCCUGUGCUCUUCACAGAUGAAAGCAGGUUCACACUGAGCACAUGUGACAGACGUGACAGAGUCUGGAGACGCCGUGGAGAACGUUCUGCUGCCUGCAACAUCCUCCACCAUGACCGGUUUGGCGGUGGGUCAGUCAUGGUGUGGGGUGGCAUUUCUUUGGGGGGCCGCACAGCCCUCCAUGUGCUCGCCAGAGGUAGCCUGACUGCCAUUAGGUACCGAGAUGAGAUCCUCAGACCCCUUGUGAGACCAUAUGCUGGUGCGGUUGGCCCUGGGUUCCUCCUAAUGCAAGACAAUGCUAGACCUCAUAUGGCUGGAGUGUGUCAGCAGUUCCUGCAAGAGGAAGGCAUUGAUGUUAUGGACUGGCCCACCCGUUCCCCAGACCUGAAUCCAAUUGAGCACAUCUGGGACAUCAUGUCUCGCUCCAUCCACCAACGCCACGUUGCACCACAGACUGUCCAGGAGUUGGCGGAUGCUUUAGUCCAGGUCUGGGAGGAGAUCCCUCAGGAGACCAUCCGCCACCUUAUCAGGAGCAUGCCCAGGCGUUGUAGGGAGGUCAUACAGGCACGUGGAGGCCACACACACUACUGAGCCUCAUUUUGACUUGUUUUAAGGACAUUACAUCAAAGUUGGAUCAGCCUGUAGUGUGGUUUUCCACUUUAAUUUUGAGUGUGACUCCAAAUCCAGACCUCCAUAGGUUGAUAAAUUUGAUUUCCAUUGAUACUUUUUGUGUGAUUUUGUUGUCAGCACAUUCAACUAUGUAAAGAAAAAAGUAUUUAAUAAGAUUAUUUCAUUCAUUCAGAUCUAGGAUGUGUUAUUUUAGUGCUCCCUUUAUUUUUUUGAGCAGUGUACUUGGAACGGUGGGUGCUAUGCACACUUCCUGAGUCGGACUAAAAGUCCACUCCGAAUACCUGGUUGUACCGACGAGUCCCAAAACGUUUGAAGGUGUCGUAGAGCAAAACGGAGAACACAACAGUGUUCGUGAGAGUCUCAUCUUUCCAUAGAGGGGUCAUAACUAUUCGAAUGCUACAGACGAUUUUGUGAGAAGACCGAUUUUCGGGAUGUCUCAUGGUUUGACAAACAACGCUCUAGCUCUGUCACCAUUCACUGCAGAUGGGGAAGUGCGACAACUGACAGAUUUUGAUGGGGAUUUUUUUAUUAUGCUAAUUAGAUUUCCGCGGGGGCACAGACAUCAACUUAAGGGGGUUAAGUAGCCUUUUUGUUCCAGACUUGGCACUCCGGUACCGCUUGCCGUGCUGUAGCAGAGAGAACAGUCUUUGACUUGGGUGGCUGGAGUCUGACAAUUUUUAGGCCCUUCCUCUGACACUGCCUGGUAUAGAGGCUCUGGAUAGCAGGAAACUCGGCCUCAGUGAUAUACUGGGCUGUACUCACCACCAUCUGUAGCGCCUUGCGGUCAGGAGCCAUACCAAGCGGUGAUGCAACCAGCCAGGAUUCUCUCAAUGGGGAAGCUGUAGAACUUUUUGAGGAUCUGAGGUUUCAUGCCAAAUAUUUUCAGCCUCCUGAGGGGGAAUAGGCUUUGUGCACUCUUCACGACCGUAUUGGUGUGUUUGGACUAUAAUAGGUCCUUAGUGAUGUGUACACCAAGGAUCUUGAAGCUCUCGACCCGCUCCACUACAGCCCCGUCGAUGUGACUGGGGGGCGUGCUCAGCUCCUUAGCUUAGUGAUGAGCUUGGAGGGCACUAUGGUGUUGAACGCUUAGCUGUAGUCAAUUAACAGCAUUCUCACGUGUUGAUGUGAGCCAUGACCAGCCUUUCAAAGCAUUUCAUGGCUACCGAUGUGAGUACUACGGAGCGGUAGUCAUUUAGGUAGGUUACCUUGGCGUUCUUGGGCACAGGGACUGUUUGAAACAUGUAGGUAUUACAAACUGGGUCAGGGAGAGGUUGAAAAUGUCAGUGAAGACACUUGCCAGCUGGUCAGCGCAUGCUCUGAGUACGCAUCCUGGUAAUCCGUCUGGCCCUGCGGCCUUGUGAAUGUUAACCUGUUUAAAGAUCUUACUCACAUCGGCUACGGAGAGCGUGAUCAUACAGUCAUCCGGAACACCUGGUGCUCUCAUGCAUGGUUCAGUGUUGCUUGCCUCAAAGCGAGCAUAGAAGGCAUUUAGCUCGUCUGGAAGGUUCGCGUCACUGGGCAGCUCGCGGCUGGGUUUCCCUUUGUAAUCCGUGAUAGUUUGAAAGCCCUGCCACAUCCGACAAGCAUCAGAGCCAGUGUAGUGGGAUUUAAUCUUAGUCCUGUAUUGACGCUUUGCCUGUUUGAUGGUUCGUCGGAGGGCAUAGCGGGAUUUCUUAUAAGUGUCUGGAUUAGUGUCCCGCUCCUUGAAAGUUGCCUUUAGCUCAGUGCGGAUGUUGCCUGUAAUCCAUGGCUUCUGGUUGGGAUAUGUACGUACGUACGUAUGGUCACUGUGGGGACGACGUCAUCGAUGCACUUAUUAAUGAAGCCGGUGACUGAUGUGGUAUACUCCUCAAUGCCAUCGGAUGAAUCCCGGAACAUAUUCCAGUCUGUGCUAGUGAAACAGUCCCGUAGGUUAGCAUCUGCUUCAUCCGACCACUUCCGUAUUGAGCGUCACUGGUACUUCCAGUUUGAGUUUUUGCUUGUAAGCAGGAAUCAAGAGGAUAUUAUGGUCAGAUUUUCCAAAUGGAGGGUGAGGGAGAGAUUUGUAUUCAUCUCUGUGUGUGGAGUAAAGGUGAUCUAGAGUUUUUUUUCCUCUAGUUGCACAUGUGACAUGCUGGUAGAAAUGAGGUAAAACUGAUUUCAGUCCUUUAUUAAAAUCCCAGGCCACAAGGAGCGCCGCCUCUGGAUGAGCAUUUUCUUGUUUUCUUAUGGUCUUAUAAAGCUCGUUGAGUGCAAUCUUAGUGUCAGCAUUGGUUUGUAGUUGUAAAUAGACAGCUACGAAGAAUAUAGAUGAAAACUCUCUUGGUAAAUAGUGUGGUCUAUGGCUUAUCAUGAGGUACUUUAUCUCAGGCAAGCAAAAUCUUGAGAAGAUUGCAUGCCACCCUCCCCCUUACCGGAGGCUGCUGUUCUGUCUUGCAGAUGCACAGAAAACCCUGUUAACUGUAUAUUAUCCAUGUCCUUGUUUAGCCACGACUCUGUGAAAUGCUGGGCGCAAUAUCAAUUGCGGCUAUAGGCUAUUUAGUGUGGUCUCAAUCAAAUGAUCCAUAUGGGUGUAUUUCUAUGUGGGAUCUAGUUGUUUCAUUUCUAUGUUUGGGUUUUAUGUUGAUUAGUCAUAUGACUCCCAAUCGGAGGUAACGAGUGUCAGCUGUCGGCUCGUUAUCUCUGAUUGGGAGCCAUAUUUAUACUGUGUGGUUUCACCUUGGUUUUGUGGGUUUUUUGUUUCCUUGUUGCUGUUAGUCAUUAUCAGUAUUGAACUUCACUUUCGUCAUAUUUGGUUUGUUGUUUUGAUCGUGGUUUCUUUAUAAUAAAGUCUACGAUGUUCGCUCAACACGCUGCGCUUUGGUCUCCUCCUUUUGACGAUCGUGACAGAAAAACCCACCACAAAAGGACCAAGCAGCGCGUCCAGGAGCAAAGGGUUUGGACAUGGGAGGAGGCGCCGGGUCAGGAGAUAACGUUGGUGGAUGUCCUCCUCGGCUGGGGACAUAUUACCCAGGAGGAGGCCGUCCGGUACCGGAGGGCGAUGAAGGGGGAGAACCUGGCAGGAGAGGAGCAACGGCAUCGGCAGGGCCAUCGUCGGAAGGACGGGAGGCAACCCCAAAAAGGUUUUUGGGGGGGGCACAUGGCUUGGGCGGCUGGGCAGCAGGAGGCUGCCACAGGGAGAAAAGGAGAGAAGGCUAACGGAGUACGGGAGCCAUUGGCGAGUAGAGGGAGGGAAGUGUUUGUGGCACGGCGUGAAGGACUGAUGUGUGUUGCCAGUCCGGUCCGGCCCGGCCCGUUCCUGAUCCUCGGUUGAGGCCAGUGGUGUGUGUUCCCGGUACGGACCGGCCUGUUCCUACUCCAUGCACCAGGACCAGGGAUGCGGUGCGCGUCGCCAGCCCAGCCCGGCCUGUUCCUGCUCCACGCACCAGGGAUAGGGUGCGCUUCGCCAGCCCGGCCCGGCCUGUUCCGGCCACUCGCACCAGGGAUACGGUGCGCGUCGCCAGCUCAGCCCGGCCUGUUCCUACUCCACGCACCAGGGAUACGGUGCGCUUCGCCAGCCCGGCCCGGCCUGUUCCGGCCACUCGCACCAGGGAUACGGUGCGCGUCGCCAGCCCAGCCCGGCCUGUUCCUGCUCCACGCACCAGGGAUACGGUGCGCUUCGCCAGCCCGGCCCGGCCUGUUCCGGCCUCUCGCACCAGGGAUACGGUGCGCGUCGCCAGCCCAGCCCGGCCUGUUCCUGCUCUCCGCACUAGGCCUUAUGUGCGUCCCCAGGGCCAAGCAUGCCCUGUUGCUGCUCCCCGCACUAGCCCUGAGAUGCGUGUCCUCAGCCCGGUACCUCCAGUUCCGGCACCACGCACCAGGCCUACGGUGCGCCUCAGACGGCCAGAGUCUGCCGUCUGCCCAACGGGGCCUGAACUGUCCGUCUGCCCAACGCCGUCUGAACUGCCCGUCUGCCCAACGGCGCCUGAACUGCCCGUCUGCCCAACGCCGUCUGAACUGCCCGUCUGCCCAACGCCGUCUGAACUGCCCGUCUGCCCAACGGCGCCUGAACUGCCCGUCUGCCCAACGCCGUCUGAACUGCCCGUCUGCCCAGCGCCGUCUGAACUGCCCGUCUGCCCAACGGCGCCUGAACUGCCCGUCUGCCCAACGCCGUCUGAACUGCCCGUCUGCCCAACGCCGUCUGAACUGUCCGUCUGCCCAACGCCGUCUGAACUGCCCGUCUGUACUGAGCCUGCAAAGCCGCCCGUCUGCCAUGAGCCUUCAGAGCCGUCCGCCAGACCGGAGCCGCUAGAGCUCUCCGCCAGACAGGAUCAGCCAGAGCCUUCCGCCAGACAGGAUCAGCCAGAGCCUUCCGCCAGACAGGAUCAGCCAGAGCCUUCCGCCAGACAGGAUCAGCCAGAGCCUUCCGCCAGACAGGAUCAGCCAGAGCCUUCCGCCAGACAGGAUCAGCCAGAGCCUUCCGCCAGACAGGAGCAGCCAGAGCCUUCCGUCAGACCGGAUCAGCCAGAGCCUUCCGCCAGACAGGAGCAGCCAGAGCCUUCCGCCAGACGGGAUCAGCCAGAGCCUUCCGCCAGCCAUGA